CCUUAGGUCUCACAACAUAAUGGGCGAUGAAAUUUAGAAGGGAGGAGCCCCUAAGAAACACCAAAUCGCAUUACUUUUAUGUGUAGGGAAAGAAAACAAAAAGCGAUGGGGCCUAGGAUGUUUCAGUAGGCAUUUGGGAACAGGAAUAAUAGUAAUACUGUAAGAAUAAUAAUAAUAAUACUUUAUUUAUUACCAGCCCAUAUGGCUGAGUGUGGAUAUGGCAUGGCUAGUGCCAGGCGCUUGGGUGUUACUCUGAGGCGCCAGAGGUGCCCUGUACCCCCGAAUUAAGUGAAGCAACAAAAAUAAUAUUUGCGGGAAAGGGAAACCAGAAUAAAUUUAAAGCCGUUGGAAGCGCCUGAGGUAAAAAUAAUAAGCCGCCUCCCGCCUCCCAGGACGCUGCGUGAGCGCCUCAGGGCUGGGCCAUUUCUCCCCUCAGGAGAGAAGGCCUGGAACGAGAGUCCCUCAGCCCUCGCUCGAGAUGUGCAGGGCGGACUGCCGACCUCGCCGCCCCCUGGGACAGGGCGGGCCUCGGCGGCUGGGCCUCCCCGGCAGGGGUCGCUGCUUCGGCGCAGGCCUACAUCCUCCUCCUCUCCUCCUCCUCCUCUCGCUGCCUUCCUCCCUCCGGUGGGCGGGCUCAGUUUGCUCUCGCCGCCCGCCCCACCACCAGCAGCCGGAGGGCGCCGCGGCAGCCGAAGCGCGAUCGAUGCCGGGAGCUCGGAGGAGGCGGCGGCGCUGCUGAGCGAAGCGCGGGGGGCGGCCCCGCCCGGAGAUGGGGAUUCUCAGCAUCACGGACCAGGUACCGGGGUGGGGGUGGGGGGUGCGUGCGUGUGUGUGAGAGAGAAAAGGAGCUUUCGCCGCCCUCCUUCCCUCCCUCACCAUCCUGCACAACAAACGUCGGCACCAGACCCGGCCUCGGCUCCCGCCUUCCCGCGCUCGGCCGCGCCGGCUACUCCAGCUCGGGGAUGCGCGGCCUAGUGUGGAGCCGCCCACCCUCGCGCGCCGGGAGCGGCCCUGGGGUCUCGUCUGAGGGAACCCCGGCCUCAAGACUGGAGAACGAGGGGAGGCAGGAGAAAAGGAGCCGAGCGGGCGGACCUGGGCCCGAGCCAGAUGCUGCCGCCGCCGACAUCCCGAGAAGGCCGUCGGCGCCCGGGCUCCGCGCAGAAGCCUCGUUUCUUUCCCGCCUAAGGCGAAGGAGCUGCUUGUUUUCCAGGCUCUCGGCUCUCUUCCUUGCCUCUGCUAGAAAAUCCCUUCGCUUUCCCCUCCAUCUCCAUAGUCUAGUUAGCUAUCUAUCUAAUCCUCGGAACCAGCUUUUUGACUCGCAUUUGCACCUGCGAAUUCACCCCCCCCCCAUACACACGUUUCUCCUCUCCCCAUUGCUAACACUUUGUGCUAGCUUCUACCUCUCUCUUUCCUGCUUUCUGAGAUUCAAACACCUCCCUCCCCAACCUAAACGAUAUUUUCCCUCUGUUGCCACAGGACCUUUUGUGUAUUUUUAGAAGUGGCAACAGAAAGGUGAAUUUCACACACACACAUAUCAUAGUAUUGGGGCGAAAGAAGAACUUGCACCUGGCAGGACUUCUUUUUCUGUGCAAGUUCUAAAAGGUGCAGGAACCUUCCCCAGGUAUAGACAGAUUUUUCUAACAAGCCUGUUUCUUGUCCGUAGUCUGCUUCCCCCAUCCAUCACUGCAUCAGACUUGGCCAGGUCUUUGGAUUGCCUCUGUUAUUUCCUCUGUUAUUUUUUUCUAAUGCCCCUAUUCAUUUAUACAGACCAGUGUAUCUGCCCAUGGUUCAAGCCUCCUGUUACUUCUUAAACAUCUCUCCAUUUCAGAGCCUUGGAAGUUGAACCACUGGUCCAAGGCAAAUGACAAUUCCUUCUGGCCAAAGUCAGCCUUGCUGCUCAGCUGCGUUGUGGCACAGAUGGGCAAGAAAUUUUUCAUGAACUUUGUUUCUGUUCACAUGCAUAUAAACACACUUGCAAAAGGUGACUUGCCCCUUUUCUACCACCCUCUCCCCUUUUGCACCUUGUAAAUCUCAAAUCUUUCUAGUGCUAUUGUGCUUUUGGCCUUUGUGUUGGUUUCUUGCAUAGCCUGUGCAUUUUCUCCAUUCUUGUUACUUGCAUGAGGUUAAUCCUGCUUAUCUCUUCCAUAAAAUGAUAUCUUUCCAUUAGGGUUGCCCUAUGUUUCCCAGUAGAUUGGCAUCUGAUCCUCAUUCUGUGAAUAUAGCAGGAAACAUAUGUUGAAUUUCUCUUACACCCGUUGCUUCUUAGAAGACGGUAAACCUGAUGUCAGUUGACCAUUCGAUAUUCUGUUACAGGAUAUAAUGAAACCCCAAGGGUUCUGCAUUAAGUAUUCCUGUAACAGGGGCUUCCCUUACUUAAUGUAGAAAAUAAUUACUAUGUGCAUGAGUAAACUUAGGGAUAGUAACCAAAAUAUCUUACUCAUUUUUCUGUUUCUCCAGGCAUCCCAGAAACAUUUAUUCUUUCAAUACCACCCACGUUGAGGAAUUUUGCCUUUUUACUUAAGUGUGCAAUGUUUACUUGGCCAAUGCAGAGUCACUGCAGUGCCUGAGAUCACAUCCAAAACACAUAUUUAAAGCACUCUUAUGGCUCCCCACAAAUAAUCCUGGGAACUGUACAUAAAGGGUACUUAGUUAGGAGGCUCUUCACAGAGCUGCACUUCCCAGCAGCCUUAAAAAAACCACAGUUUCCAGUGUUGUUUUGGGGGGUGGGGAGCCAUGACUGUUAAAGUGGUGUGAGUGUGCUUUAAAUGUAUGGUGAAGAUGUGAUUUGAGUUCUAAGCUCCACCUGAUCGAUCUGCCUGGUGGUAGUAAUUAUCAUCAUCAUCAUCAUCAUCAUUAUUGGUGAAAUGCCUUUCAGGAGUUUGGGUAGUAUGAGUGGAGGGCCUUCCCUGCUAUCCAUCUGUUGCCAUUGGGUAAAGAAGGAACAGAGCUGGUUCUCCAGGACUGUCUCUGGGCUUCACUUGCCUGAAUGAUAGACAAUGCCCCCCCCCCCCCCGGCCUGUCUUGUAUUGUACUUGUCAGGGACUUACGUGUAUGUGCAAACAGAUGCACUGCCUCCUCCAUUUCUUGGAGUUGGAAGCCAGAAUCUGGCAUAUAUGAUAAUUGCUUCCAAAGCAUAUUCAAUCGCAAAGUGCAUGGCAAUAAUUCUCAUUUAUCUUCAUGCCAACCCUAUGAGGUAAAUUGUUUAUAUCGAGGCCUGCAAAAUUCCAAGUUUCCGAUAGCUUGAGCUAGAAAUUUUUUGUUAGUGGGUUUUACCUCUGGACCCCUUCUGGCUGGCACUAAAAAUCUGAAACAGGUUCUUGGAAAUUUCUAAAAAAAACCCAGCCCCAAUAAUGUUCCCAUUAUGUCGAUAGAUAGGUGCCAUUAGGUUUUCCAGGUCCAGCACUUCAACCACACAAAUGUAACUUGGAUUUUUGAAGCUAAAGCAUUCACCUUAUUGGGUGUGUCAUUCCAGCUGCUCAAGUAGGUGCUCAACUCUAAAUUGUGGAGGCAUGAUGAUCAUCUAGGAAUUGUUCUUCUCCCUAAAGGAGGGAUGCAGAGUCCCCUGCAUUUCAUCUGGAUGACUCAUUCCUCCCCCUUUAUGCCUUCCUCCUUUUGCUGCUAUAUCCAAGCACUCUGGUGGAGGGAAGUAAACCUGGGGUUAGCUGGACAAAAAAUGCUGCAUCUGGAAAGAUUUGCAGAGGCUGGAGUUUUUCUUUUGGAAGACGAGAUGAGCAGAUGGGACGGGCAACCACUCUGCCUUUCUACUAGGCUGCACUGUGUGUAGGAGGGCCAUGGGGGCAUUUGGUACAGCUCUACUGUAUUUUCCCUCUUCUCAUGGGAUUGCUGUUUAGAGCUGUGCCAAGUAGAUAAGGGGUCCAGCUUGCUUGUGUACUUUGAUUGCAUGCCUAUUCAGUGUAUGCCUUGCAAACCAGAGCUAUAAAUGAUAAAUAAUUGAGUCUUACAAGCCUUGCGUGUUAAGCAUUGUGUGUGCACAAGGAAAGGCUUGGUAGAGUUAUGCAGUCAAAAUGAAUUUACAUUCUGAUCAGUGUACAUAGAAAUAUGCAGGAUGUGUGUGUGUGGACUGGGUGGUAUUGAAAGGUAUAGCUGCUGACAGUAUAGCUGAAUAGGCAUUGUGCCCUUAGAUCCGUGUGCUUUAUUUCCCCUAAACAAUUGUGAAAUAUCUUUAGGUCAAACUCCAGGACAGCUUCGUAAGUUUUAUAGGUUUCGGUUGCAAUCCUAAUCAUGUGCAUUCAGAAGUAAGUCCAGUUGAAUUAAGUGGGGUGACUCCUGAGUAAGUGUGGUUGGGACUGGAGCCUUAAAUGUCCAGAAGGAAGUACAAAUUGCAGAAAACUCAGAGGAGGUCUCCUGUGUUGUUGCAUUGAAGCUUGGAACAGGCAGAAGUGCCAACAUUCAGCAUGACGUAAGACCUCUAUUUCCUUUCUUUUGAGUCCUCUGGAAUGAACAGAAAUGUUGGAAGCGGGGGAGGUUCUUGCAUUUUACACUGAGCUUUGGAGCAUGCAGAAGCAGCAAGAGUUGUGCUGAUUCUGCCUGCUGUAGAGCUGUGCAUACCACAGGAAUCUGGGAUAGCAGAAAAUGUCAGUGGCAACCCAGAAUAGUCACUUGUCUACUGAGCUGAGCCAAAAUUUGUGGAUACUUGCCUUUGGAACUACAGCUAGCCAGAAGAUUCAGCAUAAUUUUCUCUUUAUUACCUAUCAUCGGUAAAAGGCAAGCUCAAAAGUAUUUGCAUGCGCCAACCCUGUGAAUUUAGGUAAAUGUUUUCCUUCAUUGACUUCGUGAAUUGUAGUUACACUGUCAGUAGUCUAGAGAAUUCUGGUGCAUCCGCCCUGACUUGUCAAAUUAAGCAUUUGCUUUAUGGGUAUUUAGAUUAAUUGGCUCAUUAUUUAUAUAGCGAUUUCUGUCUCAUAUUUCUAGUGUCCGUGCACCACUCAGUGUUUCCAGAACAGUUUAAAGCAAUACAACAUACAACAAACAUUCAAUGAAAAAUAUACAAUAAAAAUAAAGACGCAGAAUAAAAUGUGAAGGAAGAUAUGACAGGCAUAGGUUUAAACAUAGGUUUAAAUAAAACAGCAGCACCUUGAAGGCAAAGGCAAAGGCCUGUUGGAAUACAAAUGUCUUCCCCAGCUGGUGAAAAAAGGCAGAGGGGGGGCAUCCAUAAUGCAUUUCAUAGUAUAGGUGUAGCCACUGAGAAGGCCCUAUUUCUUGUCACCAUCAAUUAUGCUUCCACCUUAGAUGCUUCCACCCUGCUUCUGAUCUUAGGAAGCAGGUAGGUUGCUAUGGGAGGAGGUGAUCUCUCAGGAAUCCUGGACCAUAGCCAUUUAAGGCUUUAAAGAUAAUCACCAACACGUAUUGUUUCUGUUCUAGGGUAAUUGACUUAACACAAUUGCUUUAUUAAAAAAGCAAGAAGAAAUACAUUCACAGAAGUCAGAUAUAAAAACCUGAUAGAGGCUUUUACUGAAUUUGGCCCUUUGCAUCCAGUGCUUGGAAAUCUCUAUAUUUGUAGUAGCAGGUAUUAUUUAGUCUGUAUCUCUAAGGAGGGGCCAUAGUUUAGUUGCAGUAUGCAUAUUUCAGUAUUAGGUCCCAGAUUUGAUCAGUGGCUUUGUACCUAUGAAACUCCCAACUUCGGUCUCUCACUGGUGUUAGGAAAGUCGUCUUGAUACCUUUGAAAAAUGAGUUUGGUGUGUUGUGCUGUUUAGGUGAAUUGUCAGUCCAACCUAUUUAGAGAGAUGGCUUUUUAUACCUUGUUCAGAUUUUUGUGGCAUGCUAUAUUUGUUUAUUUCUAGAAUAAGAGAAUCUCAGAAUUGUAGAGUUGGAAGGGACCCCUGAGGGUCAUCAAGUCCAACCCCCAGCAAUGUAGGAAUCUCAACUAAAGCUUUCACAGCAGAUGGCCCAACCUCUGUUUUAUUGAAAUCAACAUACAAUACAUUCACAGCAUUCCCCUGAUCCACCAAGUUUGUAACUUUUAUCAAAAAAAGAAAUGAGAUUCCUCUGGCUGUAGAAAUUGGUGGCCAGAUCGCUCACCGAUCCUCGCCUGACUGCACUGGCUGCCGAUUAGUUUCUGGGCCCAAUUCAAAGUGCUAGCUUUGUCCUAUGACUCAGGACCACAAUACCUCUAGUAAUGCCUUUCCUCACACGAACCUACCUGGACCCUGAGAUCAUAAUUUGAAACCGAUCUUCAUGUGCCCCCCUGCAUGAAAGAAGGCAGCAACAUGAAAACGGGCCUUUUCUGCUGUGGCUCCCCAUUUGUGGAAUACUCUCCCCAGGGUGGUUCAACUGGUGUCUUCAACCAGGUCUUUGGCUAAUUAACAUCUUAUACCUCAUUUAAAUGUGUUGGGGGGGGAGGUUUAUUGGUUUUGUUCUUAUCAAGUAUUUAAUGUUUUUGUCUUGUAUUUUACUCUGUGUACCACCCUGAGAUCUACGGAUGAAGGAUGGUACACAAAUUUGAUAAAUAAAAUAAAAUAUAAAAUAUGGGGACAACAUUUACCUGUCUCCAGUCUGCAGGGACCUCACUUGUUCUCCAAGAAUUCUCACAGAUUAUAGACAGAGGCAAAGUAGCUAAGUGUUUUCCUUACCACCUCUUUUUGUACCUUGGUCUUCAGCCGCCUUCUUGCAUCAUUUAUUCUGUAAUCACCAGGUUGGCCACUGCUUUCCUUUUGGGUGAAGACAGGCACCAGGCAAUUCCGCCUUACGUCUGUCAGAAUAGCAAUUCUCCGUCUUCUUCACACAAAGGACAUAUUACUUGCUUCAAACACAGCUGAGGAAACCUUUAAAAAUUAUUUUUCACCACUCUUGCAAGCCUCUGGCCCAAAAAUCUGUGUCUGGGGUGAGGGCAUGGCAUUGAUUUUGCAGCUCUAGUGACACAGCAUGGCUCCUGGCUGUCCUGCUUAUGUGUGUCAUGUUCCGCCAGGGGUUUGUCUCCUGCUAUGGGCACUCUUCCUCCUCCCUAGGGGCACCCCACCUUUGUCGCUGUUCCAGGCCAUUCUGCUCUAGCGAGAAAUUUUUCAUCUUGCCCAGUAGCUCAAAGGGUGAAAAGGCAGGCCUCAAGUUGUUGUACCUUCUCUUCCAGCAAGGCAACCAGCUUGCACGGUUGUAGUUUUGCACAUUCUCAGGUAGGAAGACAAACAUGGUACAGGUGUUGCAAGUCACUGCAGCAGUUCUCUUGCCAUCCACAUGUCUUGGUCCUAUGUAUACCGUGAGACAGCACUCCAGGCCUCUCCUUCAAAAUACCCUCAGAAGUCCUGGUUAUGAGCUCCCAGAGGCUGCUUUUCAAGGCCUCAUUUUUUACAAAGGGGCUCACAAUAUAACAAGGGAAUACAACUGCAGGGGACAACCAUUUUGCACAUGUUCAAUUGGCACAUGACCAGUGGUGCAUGCGCUGUUUUUGGCCCCAGAAUGGGGUGGUGUGGGCUUAUGUACACUCUGCCAAUGCAUGUAAUGACCCGGGGUACAAUCUCUGCGCAAACGGGGAGUUGCCUGUAUGUAAAAAUAACAAAGAUCCAGAUGGGAAAAAAUGAAAUAAUAAGCUAGCACAUAGCUAUUCCCUUUCUCAUCCUCCUUAUUUUACAGUUGCUCUUUUCUCCUCGUUUAUAGCCUCCUCUGGUCCAAGCCAUCUUUAAUCGUGAUAUAGAGGAAGUACGGUCAUUGCUGAGCCAGAAGGAGAAUAUCAAUGUACUGGUAAGUUUUGGAGAACCAGUUUUUCCUUCUAAUACUGAACCUGCUUCUUUCAACUUUGCAUGAAGAUUACAUUUUCCUUUUGGCUAAGCUCCCCUCACCACCACACACGCAUUGCGGGUAGAGCAGGGGAGUACGAAUUGAUCCAUGUACUAUGUGUCCCUUUUAGAAUUUGUGUUUAAGAACUAGAUGUGCUAAAGCAGGGGUUGGAAGCAUCUUUGGGCCCAUGGACACAUUUGCAAACCAGCAAAGCUGUUGUGGAUACCAUACACACAAAAACUAUACCUGUGUGCACACUGCAGUCACACACAUGCAAUCACUCUCCCCUUCUGCUAGCAGUUAGGCUUUAAAAACCACUGCUUGUUUAUUUCAAGCCUAAUUGUAAUUUUAUGUUGUGAACUGCCCUGAUGUGGAUAAAGGGCAGGAUAUAAAUUUAAUAAAUAAUAAUAAAAUAAUUUCAGCAGGUUGAGGGGCAGAGUAGUUGAAAUUUGUGGCUCCAGGGAAGGCCUCUGCAGGUGCUGGUGUGCCCGCAGGUGCAACGUUGGCAACCCAUCUAUUAAAGUUUCCCAGCUUAGCAAGCUUAAAUGCUUGUUUUAACUAUUUGAUGUUUUGCCAUUGUGGUGCAGUGACUGGAUAUUGGUCUUUGACAGACAUGGGUUUGGAAUCCAGCUUAGUCACACUCUUGGUAGGUUUAUUGCCUAGUUUUCAUCUCUGGACCUCAGUUUCCCAUUUGUAAAAUGGGAAUGUUUGUGAACACAGGGUUGUUGCAGUGACAGAUACAGACUGUGAAGUACUGUGCAGACACAGAAUUGGUAUACAGGGCUGAAAGGCCCACACAUCACCAGUAAAUGUUGACUUUGUUGGGAAUCGGCUGUACCAGAUGUAUUAGUCUAGCUGUACAGAGCGGUGGGUGGCACUGGGAUCAGCUGUUCUCUUUGGCACCAAGUGUGUUCUGGAUUAGUCUUGUGGCCUCUGAGUGAGAACAGCCUGUGUUACAGUGGUGUUCAUCUUGUUCUUGUCUAGCCCACGAAACAGUAAUUGGCUCUUCAUUUCAUCUUAGCUCAUUCAGCUGAGGUGCAUUUAAUAUAGGCCCAUUAUAAGCCGAUUUUGUGUGAGAAGGUCUUAGUAUUUGGAGCAAACCAGGAGUUGUGACAAUUAAAUGCAUCUUAGGCUGUCUCCAGAACAUAUCAGUAUUAGCCCAGACUCAGGAAUGUGAGAAAUCUAGAGUGUUGGGUGUUUGAGCACAUGAGCAGCAAGUUUGAUGAACUGGUAAAGAAUACUCAUUAAAGCAGAUUACACAUAUUUGGGCCAUAUUUCCAGUGGGAUAAUAAGAUGGUUUAAGCAAUUAUCUGUUCUGGACACCCAAGUUCAGAGUGUUCUAACAAUUGGAUUUAAGGAGCAUCCCUUAGGAAACCUGCUUAAAAUUCUUCCUGCUUCAAGGGGCCAAACCAAACUUCCUCCUAACUGUGAGCGAUUCUGCAACACAGUAUUAGAGGAGGACUUGGUGCAUUGAUACAUGUUGAUAGCCAAGGGCUGCUGGUUGCUCGGGAACGCAGAGGGAUUUCUCCCUCUUUAUUCCACCCUUGGCACAAGUGGAAGAAACAAACCAGGAAGCUGCAAUUAAGCUUGACUUUUUGCAAUAUCUGAACUUGGGAUCGUGGUUUGUAUUUUCCUAACAAGCCAGGAUUGUCAGACAGCCAUAAAAGGAGGUCCGCCGCCCCCCUCCGGCUCGUUAGGUAAAAAACAAACCACAAUACAAGAUUCAAACGUCAUGGAAAACUAAGCUUAAUUAUGGCUUCCUGGUUUGUUUCUGCCACUAGUGCCAGAGAGGAGUAAAAGAGGAGUAUUUGGGAAACUCAGUGUUCAUUCCAAUAAGUCAGGAUAGCCAGCAGCCCUGGUUUAUUGUAACAUGUAGACAUUCAUGUUUCCUACUUAACUAAGAAAAGGCUGAUGCGGCUGCAUGCUUGCCUUUUAUUUAGGGGCAAAGAUGUCAGUAGAUGACUUGGGUGUGUGUGGAGGGAGGGAGAUUUAAAUGAAAAGUGGUGCUUCAUGGAGUUAAACUAGCGACAUGCAAUCUACAAAAUGAAAGUGAGAAUAUUGGCAACUGUUUACCAUGUUAAUGGUAACAACCUUUUAUUAGGCAGAUCCCUGAUGGGCAGGAUACAGUCUGCUGCCUCUUGAAAUAGGCGACAAACAAACUCUCCCAAUAGUUCACAUGGACUAGUUCAAUCCUCACCCCGCCCCAUCCAAGUCACAGUGUGCCACAUAGAUGGCAGAUACACUGCCAGCAAAGCACAUAAUUCCAGGUGACCAAACGAGUGCACUGAGCUAAAUGAAUCCUUGUUGCACUUUGAGUAAGAUGAUACUUUUUAUUGGACUUGGCUCUCAGGCUGAAAAUGAAACCACACUGUUGAGCUUUACAGUACUGUACUCAUCUCCAUUGUCUCUUGAGACGGACAGAUGCCAACAACACAUUUACCAUCGUGACUAGUAGCCAUUGAUAGCAUUAUCCUCUGUGAAUUUGUCUAACCCAUCCAAGUUGGGGGACUAUCAGUAUAUCCUGAGGGAGUGAAUUCAAUGUAUACACUGUGCAAAGUACUUUCCAUUUGUCUUCAGAAUGCGGCAGCUAGACUGGUGACUGGGAGCGGCUGCAGAGACCACAUAACACUGGUCUUGAAAGACCUACACUGGUUCCCAGUAUGUUUCCGAGCACAAUUCAAAGUGUUAGUGCUGACCUUUAAAGCCCUAAAUGGCCUCGGUCCAGUAUACCUGAAGGAGCGUCUCCACCUCCAUCGUUCUGCCUGGACACUGAGGUCCAGCGCCAAGGGCCUUCUGGAGGUUCCCUCACUGCGAGAAGCCAAGUUACAGGGAACCAGGCAAAGGGCCUUCUCGGUAGUGGCACCCGCUCUGUGGAAUGCCCUCUCACCAGAUGUCAAAGAGAAAAACAACUACCAGACUUUUAGAAGACAUCUGAAGGCAGCCCUGUUUAGGGAAGCUUUUAAUGUUUAAUAGACUAUUGCAUUUUAAUGUUCUGUUGGAAGCCGCCCAGAAUGGCUGGGGAAACCCAGCCAGAUGGGCGUGGUAUAAAUAAAUGAUUAUUAUUAUUAUUAUUAUUAUUAUUCAUUGGGCAAUCUCCGGUUCUAACAUUUUCAGAGAAGGAAACAUUCUGGGUGGUAUUCAGUGCUUGUCCUACUCAGAGUAGACCCCUUGAAGUUAAUGAACACGAGUAACUUAAAUUCAGAACUGUGACUUCACUGAACACAACCCUCUCUCUGCAUAUUAUUCAUUAUUUUGGAAACCUCUGUUGUGCCUCCCCUGUUGCUCCUUUUUUUCAAAAUUUGAUCCUGGCCUAAUCCCAAAACUUCCUGUAUCUGAUGGAGACGGCUAAGCUUGAUGUCACUCGCUGAAGUGUGUUACAAUAUAAUAUGCCAGUUAUAUUUUGAGUCUGCUGUGUCUAAUUUCCAGGAAGGGGUCUUAUCUGUCAGUUGUUACACUUGUGCCACAGAUGACAGCAUGAGUCGGUUAGGCUCAAGAGCUAUAGGUCACUUUUAAACACAGUAUCUGAAUUCAAACUCUUGGUACAUUUUGAUGAAGUACCUAAAGAUGAUCUCUGAAGUUCUGAAAGCUUGUUUUGAUUUCCCCCAACAGAAGUUCUGAUAAAUGUUAGCUCACAUAUUUUCUACUUCCUAUUCUCGGAGACAACCAUAGUGGUAACUGAUACUUGGCAGUGGUUCAUUCUAGUUUGUAAUAAUAAAAUAUUAGAUAUUCAGGGGGCAAGUUUCUUUUCUUUCAUUUUUUUUGUAUGGUCACCCUGCUUUGGGUCCAUUGAUUAAAAACUUGGGAGGAAAUUACUUGGACAGCAACUCAUGUGAUAUUUUCCUAUCCAUGCACCCUGGAAUAAAAAAGAUUUACAACUUGGUCCUAAUUAUAUUUGCUUGUAAGUUCCACUAAAUUUAUAGAACUAGUGUUCUUGCGCUUAAGAUUGCAGAAUGAGGGUUAAAUGCUUUCCUCUGAUCUUGGUUGUGCACUUUGUGUAUGUGUUAGAGGGGACCUAAGUAGCUAAGAAUUAAAAAGAGUUGCUUGGAAUGGAUCCGCUCAUCUGUGCUGAUGCACAGUUUUCUAAAUCAGUCGUUCCACAGCUGAGAAAUGAAAUUUAAGUUUGGCUUGAUUGCUAGACUUUCUUGCUCUUUUUUAUUUUUUCACUUACUCUUUUUUCUUUCUUUUUAAAAAUGAGAGAGAUGCCUCUGGAACCAUAGGGGUGAGAAGCAGGUUGAUGAGGAUGAGGAUGAUAGUAGUAGUAGUAGUAGUAGUAGUAGUAGUAGUAGUUCAGGACUCAACAAUCCAUGUUUCAAAUUGGCUUCGACUUUUAAGUGUGGGGCUGUGUCCUUUUAACACUUUACACAUUUGAUCAUUUGGCCUUAGAGCACUGAUGUCCUUCUGAGCAGUUAAUGCCAAGCACUUGGCACCAAACCCAAAGGCCAAAUGCUAGUUGAUUUGAUACAGAACCUAAGUGGUGCUUCCUGCCUUUUGAUAGCCUUGAUUUUAUGCCUUAUCAGAGCUGUUUGUCUUGCUCUUAGGAUUUGCUUGUUUGGGGCAUGAAGUUUAGAAGCAAAUGAAGUAGCAAGGUCUACAUCCAGAACAACCUUGCUUUGUCUUUGAGGGAGUCAUUCUUCCAAGUGUCCAGAAUAGUUUGAAGAUGUUUGUUGGAAAUUUCAGCCUCACUUUUAGUGCUCAGCUCAGCUGCUAUACUCUAAUGCAGGGGUGGGGAACGUUUUCUAAGAAUAGAUUAAACUUUUAUUAAAACAAGAAAGUAGAAUAUUUUAUUAAUAAAACAAUAAAAAUAAAAAUAUUAGAUUGAAAUUUUGAAAUUCUCUGAGGGAGGACCUGAUGGGUCAGAAAUGCACUGGAUUAUAAACUUUUGAACAUCAAAUGGUUUAUUCUACCCCUUUAGUCUCCCCCUGCCCCCCCCAUUUGCCUGGGGUUUCCCUCUCUUUCUACUCUUAUAUUAUAUAAAGGCCUUACCAUGUUGCAGGAGUGAUACAGUCAUCAAACUCUGAUUGCAUUCCUUCUUGUUCUGUUUACCACAGCAUUUGAGAUUGCUUAAAAGCCUUAAGAUGUAUUGUUUGUUUAAUACAGUGGUACCUCAGGUUACAUACGCUUCAGGUUACAGACUCCGCUAACCCAGAAAUAGUACCUCAGGUUAAGAACUUUGCUUCAGGAUGAGAACAGAAAUCAUACUCAUUUAUAGUCAACCGCCCUAUCAUAGGACUGAAUGUGUACAUGAGGUUUCCAGAUAUUCUCCCAUCUUAGCAUUAACCAGACCCAGACCUGCUUAACUUUAGCAAGAUGGUUGCAUCAACAUUCCCUCUAGCCAUGUACUGCUGCCUUUGAGUCUUGGGUCUAAGCUAUAUGCAGCAAUGUGAAUUGGCUUUGUAUCAUUUGAAAGCACUGCUUUCAAAAGUAUUUCACUAGUCAUCCUGAAAGAGAAGAUACUCCUUAAGAGGAGUUCACAUGCCAUUUCUAUUCACAUUUCCAUUUUUCCAUUUCAAGCUAUGUGUGAGAGCUUUUUUGUUAUGUUUCUUAUUGAAGCUUUUGGACUUUUUUCUGGGAUCUACCAAUUUGUGUAGUCUUGAUGGCAAUGAAUGACAUGUCAAUGCUUCUUAAAUUCAUAUAAUCCUUUCAAAGUCAAUGUCAAGUUUUUGAAAGGCUAAAUUAAGGUCUCUUACACUAAGAGCAUAUUAGGUAAGCACAUUACAAAACAUUGCACUACAUUAAUUGGCUCUAACUCUCUGUUCAAUAACAGAUUAUUAUUAUUAUUAUUAUUAUUAUUAUUAUUAUGUGGUGGUGGUUGUAAGUUUUUAAUGUUUGAUGUUUUUGCUAUGCUUUUAUUAUGUUGGAAGCUGCCCAGAGUGGCUGGAACAACCCAUUCAGAUGAGCAGAGUAUAAACUAUCAUCAUCGUAGUUAAGCUAUCGUGUGAGACUCAUUAAAAGCAACCAAAGCAAAAGUUAGAUGAGUAAAUCCUCCAACAAGAUAUCCGUGUUCUGAGUUUACUAAGCUCAUUUAACUUGGCAGCAGUUAAGAAUAGUCAAUCAAAUUCAAAUGCAGUGCCAGCCUUUUGAAUCAGUAUCCUACAUAGGUCAUGUCACUGUGAUCAGCUAGUGAGAUCCAGCAGACCAGCCAGUGUACCUUCCAUUGUUACUGGGGAAAAGCAAUGGGGCAGAACAGGCAUAUGGAUUUUCUACUUACAGGGUGUACAGUUGCUCCUGGCUGAAGGUGAUCCACUCUUUAAGCAAACUUUCAUGGCUUGUGGCAGACACGUUUUGAGGGUUGCAGUCAGUAAUGCCGUGGGUUAACAACCAGGUUUAAAAUUUCGGCUACUUUGUCUUUGCACAACUUUUCCUAUAUACCAACGUCUUAAGCUUCAAUUUGUCACUGGAUAGAUAAGCUCAGAGAUAUUGCUACAUAUUUCAGCACAUCAAGGUAAUUGGUCUAUAGACUGAAAAGAUUGGAUGGCAACAUCAGCAUGGAACAGUAUUCUAGUAGCUGGUCCCAUUGCACAAUGGGACUUCCCCAUACGCCCUUGAAUCUGUUCUAGGGGUUCCCCCAACCCUCUGGAGCAGGGGAAGGGGAGGAGGCGAAUGUUCUGUUGCACAAGCACAAACCAUUGCACUGAUGAAACAAUUGCCGUGGUGCUAUGUUGGAUUCCUCUCAUGGCUUUUAGAUUCCACUUUAACACCUUCCAUUUAUCUCUGUUGUGUUUCCCCAAACCAGGACCAAGAGAGACGAACCCCUUUGCAUGCAGCUGCAUACUUGGGAGACGCCCCUAUUCUUGAACUCCUAAUACUAUCAGGUAAGAAGUGAAGGUGUAUGUUCUGGUUGAUAAGAGGUGAGGGUGGUCGGGUCUAGCAGCUCCAGGGCAUUUGCUGAAUAGAAAAAGAAAACCUUCUCCUCCUAUCCUGAGGGAACUGGUGGCAGUUUGGUGCAGACUUGUAUAUAUCACUGCCUAAACUGUCGGGGGGGCAGAGUCACAGAGAGGAUCCUGUGCAGUCCUGCAGUUGAGAACACUGACUUUAAACUGGGGUGGUAGCUGUAUAUUCCAUGUUCAGUUCCAGCUUCAGGCAAAUUGCUAUUGCUCAUCCUCUGUUAACAGGCCUUUAAGGCAGGAAUUAUAAUGAUCUACAAUUUAAACAGUCACAAGAAUGAAUGAGAGGAUCGUAAAGUGCUUUCAUAUUAAAAGUGCUAAAGUUAGCAGAUUGCUACUAGUAAUAUUAUUGGAGUCAUGAUUCUGCAGCAGCAAAGAUUUAUGGAAACGUUCGAAUUCAGUGAAGCUAUUUUGAAACAGACCGCUCUAUCCACUGUAACUCUUCCUGUGUAGAUUGCAGGGCAGAGUUGGCUUUCUGGACAGUGAAGCCAGCACAGAUGGUUCUCAACGCAUAUGCUAAAUGUCUCCAAGUUAAUGGUAAUGGAAGAAGUUGGCUAUUGAUGGUACAUAAUUUUAAAAACAAGUGUUAGUUUUUGAAAGCUGCUGGUUUUCAGAUAUUUCUCUUUCGAUGAGGAUUAGGACACUAAAUCAUGUGAUCCUACUUGUACAAACUAAUUAUUCUUCCUUUUCAAGCAUGUUUAAGCAUGGCUUCUGAACAUGGUAUCUUUCGUUAAGAAGAAUUUUGCAUCUCUGUCCUUGUGAGAAAGUUCUGUGAGUCAGAGGUUCUUUUCAUUUAAACAACUGGACUGCCUUUUUCAGUUGCACAGUUAAAGUUAGUGGAAGUGAGACUGGAUUUUGUACAGUUCAGGAGGCCAACAUAACAUUAACCUUGAGAUGUGUGUGGUAUUGAUAAUACCAUGCUCUUCAGUCUAAGCAAUAGCACAAUCAAUAUGUGCACAACUUAUUUGCAGCUUAGCUUUUUGAAUGGUGGGCAUUUUCUGAAUACAGUGCCAAUGUUCUCUUCCUCUUAAUCUGUCUGCUGCCAUUUUUGUUGCAAAACAAGUAAGACCCAUAUCUGCAAAUACAUGGUGAGAUAAUGGCUACAAUCCUAGCUCCACUUACCAGGAAGCAAGCCCCAUUGAAUUCAGCAAUACUUCUGAGUAAAACAUGGUUAGGAUUGCAUUUUAAGGGGAUAAAUGGAUUCUAAUAUUGGGUGCAGGGACAAGGGAUGCUUUUCGUCAGUAUAUGAUCUUGCUUUAUCUCUCCUAUCCACCUUGGGCAGGUGCUAACGUUAAUGCAAAGGACACCCUUUGGCUAACCCCGUUACACCGUGCUGCAGCUUCUCGCAAUGAGGUAGGUACUAGUUCCUUUGACCUGUUUUCAUUCAUCCUGUUAAAGUGGCAAAGGAAAUGCUCUUUCUCAUAGGGCCCUCCUACAGCCACCCUUUCGGCAACUUCAUUUCCCCCUUCAUAUGCCAGUGCUUACCCUGGGUCACAAUGAAAACCAGUAGCUAUCUUGAAUGUCUGCAAACAAGAAUUACCUUAAUCGUGAAAGGUGGAGCAAGACCUGUUGCCUUCCUUGCAGUUCAUCUUUGUGGGCCUUAUUGUGACUUAAUGUAGCUGUGUAAGUUUCAAGUGAGGAGGGGGUCCUGCUACAUCUUGUGUCCCUCAGAUUUCCGAUUGCUGUAGCCAGUACCUUCCCCCUCCCCUUUAAUUAACAUGGAUGGACAAAUCAGUUGUGUACCUGAAAAGAGUAUGAAAUCAGAGUUACCUGUCCUUGAAGUUUGCUGGAAUGAGAGAAAUUACAGAAUAGUGUGUUACGUUCCAUAACCCCCAUUCCAUGGUCAGCAUUUCUACUGAAUGCCUAUUUUGUCUGAAUUAAGCUUCAAUUUGUUACCCUUACUCUUGUCUAUUACCAAUUCAAAACAUGGACCGGUUUCCCUGGAAUUUGAUGGAAAGGAGAGAGAGAGUUGGGUAUCAUUAGUACGUUGGUGACACCAAACCCUAAAAAUUAGUGGUUUAAUGUGGAUGCUAAAUAGAACUGGGUACAAGAUGGAACUAGGACAUUGGCCAAGGGGUCUAACAGGAAUCCCCCAGCAGCACCUUCUAGAACCACCCCUGGAACUCCACGAAAUGAAGCCUGCAAGUCCUGUCUCACUCAGAUGGUUACGAGAGUUGAUGGUAUUGAAAGCUGCCUAGAUGGUCUUGCAGAACCAACAGAGAGAUAUCCCCUCUGCCAAUUCCUGGUGUAUAUAGCCCACUAAAGUGACUAAAUCUGCCUCAGUCCCAUAGUCAGACUUGAAGUAAGAUUGAAAUGGAUCUAAAUAAUCCACCUCGCCUACCUGGAGUGUGAUGCCACUCACAAACUCAGGCGUCUUGCCCAGAAAUGGAGUGUUGGGGACAGGCAAGAGAAAUUAUCCAAUAUGAUGAGAUUCAAGGAGGCUUCUUAAAAGACAUUAGGGCCCUUGCUCGGUCAGUUCCCUUGGCAGCUAUUAUAAGCAAAGAAGGGCAAGUGUGGAGCACACACGUAGGUAGGCCUCACCCUUCCAUGGAUCCUGUCCAUAUGCCUGAGCUGUACAAAUUGAAACUGUCCCCUAUAACUGGACAAGUUAGUCUAGGCUUGUCACCUGGUGCAGAGAAAGGAUCAGAUGACCAGGCAGGAAAGCUCAGUAAAAGCUCCUCCACUCCCAACUUUUUGUCCACAAACAGCUAAUUUAGGAUUGUGUAGAAAAUAAGGUUAGUAACUUUUGUACACUUGUUUGCAAGGCUUCACUGGUUUACUUUAAAGUCAUAAAUCAAUAUUCUGUAUCCCAGAGUGCCAAUAUCUGCAAUUUCUGCACAAGCUGAAUGCUUUAUGAACCUAAUCUGGCCCUGUGUCACAGAGACAAGGCUGCUCCCAGUGAGCAUUUUUAGCAGGAUUAGGAAAGGAGAUUUGCGCAGAAUGCAUGGAUGUGGAAGCUCCCUUUUGCCCACAGAGACACACAUGCACACUCAGGGAUCUAAAUAGUGCAGUAAACUAAAGUUGCCUUAAUUUUGUCUCAGACUGUUCUUUUUUAAAAAAUAAAAUAAAAUUUGGUAUUAAUAUUUUAUUGAAAAGGUUUCAAUUAUAAAGAAAUAAACUGAUACAAAGAAAAAUAAAAAGGCACAAAAAUGUGUAGGAAUAUAUACAGUAGGCAUAUAUAUAUAUAUAUAUAUAUAUGUGCGCAAAUACAGUGGUACCUCAUGUUAAGUACUUAAUUUGUUCCGGAUGUCCGUUCUUAACCUGAAACUGUUCUUAACCUGAAGCACCACUUUAGCUAAUGGGGUCUCCUGCUACCGCCGGAGCCCAAUUUCUGUUCUUAUCCUGAAGCAAAGUUCUUAACCUGAAGCACUAUUUCUGGGUUAGCGGAGUGUGUAACCUGAAGCGUAUGUAACCCGAGGUACCACUGUAUACGAAAAAUACCGUAACCCAUCCAUUCUUUUAUAUAUUUGAUAUUAUUAUCACAGUCUGUUCUUGACACAGCAUUGUAGAAAAUGCCACCCCUUUCCUAACAGAUGUAUUAUCUUACCCGCUGCUACAUUAAUUCAGAGGUAGAGAAGUUUGCAUUGCCGUGAGUAGGAUAACAUCCAUAACUUGAUAAUAGAGCAGCUUUUCAUCCUAAGGGUGCUGUUGUAAAUGUGUUGCUAUAUUUCUCUGUAAAAGCAGAAAGUCGCUUUUUUUUUUGUACAGAUGAUUGUGGAGUAAGUUUUAUGCCCUUAAUUGCACAAAGACUGGGCUCCCAAGAGACUGUCCUCCUGGAAAAGCUUCCGCUGUUCCUCAGCAGAGUCUGUUAACUUGUGUAAUUGCCUUUUCCUGCUGACCUCACAGCUUCAGGCCAUUUCCAGCAGCCAAGAAGCACCACUUAAGCUGGCUCAAUUAAUUCACCUCUUUGCUUCAGAAAAGCGUCAGCAUUUUUAUUGAUGCUUGACUUCCAGGGCAGGGUGGGUGGUUCCUACUCCUGAGUUUGUAAGGCAGCGAGGAGAGACUGUGGUAUAUUUCCUUACGCAAAUGAGGAAAAAUGUAGGCCCCUGGGCUUCUUUUGCCUCCUGCCAAGCUUCUUACACCUCGCGGACCACCAAAGAGCAUUUGUUAGCUACAGGAUCACAAUUACUUAGCGGCAGGAUCACUCUAGAAGUCACCAGAGAGAGAACUAGGAACUCCUAUGGUGGCUUCAGCAAACUGUAUGGGUUGAAUCUGACAAAGUCAUUAUGUGAGCAAAAUUACAUGCUUGUACAGUAGUAGUAUCAUUGCUACUACAGUGGUACCUUGGGUUAAGUACUCAAUUCGUUCCGGAGGUCCGUACUUAACCGGAAACUGUUCUUAACCUGAAGCACCACUUGUUCUUAACCUGAAGCUAAUGGGGCCUCCCGCUGCUGCCGUGCCGCCAGAGCACGAUUUCUGUUCUCAUCCUGAAGCAAAGUUCUUAAUCUGAGGUACUAUUUCUGGGUUAGCGGAGUCUGUAACCUGAAGCGUAUGUAACCCGAGGUACCACUGUACAGGUACAGUGGUACCUCAGGUUACAUACGCUUCAGGUUAAGAACUUUACUUCAGGAUGAGAACAGAAAUUGUGUUCCGGCGGCGCAGCAGCAGCAGGAGGCCCCAUUAGCUAAAGUGGUGCUUCAGGUUACGAACAGUUUCAGGUUAAGUACGGACCUCCGGAAUGAAUUAAGUAUUUAACCCAAGGUACCACUGUAUUACAUUUAUUGUUCAUCAUUCCCUAGCAGGUCCCAGGAUUUAUAAUUCUGUACAGUGGUACCUUGGUUCUCAGACUUAAUCUGUUCCGGGAGUCCGUUCAACUCCCAAAACCGUUCGAAAACCAAGGCUUCCGAUUGGCUGCAGGAGCUUCCUACACCCAAGCGGAAGCUGCGUCAGACAUUUGGCUUCCUAAAAACAUUUGCAAACCAAAACACUUAUUUCCGAGUUUGCGGCGUUCAAGAGCCGAUUUGUUCGACAACUAAGCUGUUCGAGCGCCAAGGUACCACUGUAUUAAAAACAGUUAAAACAAAUUACAGCCACAGAAAUAGGGUGGGUCUUAAAAACACAGGUCUCAGGUGUAAACAGGUGAUAUUCAACAUUUGCUGAAAGCUGUAUAGUGAAGGUGGCAGAUGCAUCUCUGUGGGGAGGGAAUUCCACAGCCACCAGAGCAUGGAGUACUAUGAGCAAGUCCUCAUUUUCCAAAAGGGGGUGUAGCUGAAAACAGGCGCCCCCCAAGUCCUCAAGGUCAUCUGAGCCUCAAGUGACAAUGUUGGAUCCAGGGAUUACCCCCAAGCUACAAACCUGCUCCUUCCAGGGGAGUGCAACCCCAACCAGAGAAAGCCAUCUUACUCUUCCUGACGCCCCCCCCAAAUCUGCUCUGGAGAGCUAGAGGAAAACCCAGAGCUGAUGUGGCAGAAGUCGCAUUGCAUGAGCGGAUGUCCUUCUGCUUGCACAGUUACUUUGUUGGCUGUAAUCCUAUACCAGGCAGCGUGGGCAUAUUAUUGAAACCAAGCCAGCUGCUGUGUUUGUGAGGCCUUGGAUCUAAAGCCCUUCUUGGCUGGGUUCUCAUCUCCUGCCCCCACCUGAGGCUCACAUGAACCCUUGCUGCUGCCUCCCCACCCUCUUCUCUGGUAGUCUCUAACACUCUCACCCUAGCUGUCUAGAUCUUGAAGCUUUGACCUGACAGUAAGCUGCUUUUAGAGAGAAGACUUCCUUAGAAUUCAGACUAAUCUCAUUUGAGCUCAGAGGCUUGACACACUGAAAGUAUGAAUCCGAACAUUCUUGGCACCUUGGGAAUUGGGGCAAAAGGAGACGCUUUCACAUUAUUGCCCUUUUAGUUGUUGUAUCAAUUCAGGUGCUUUAUUUAAUAUUCUGCAUAUUGCAGGUGCCUGUAAUACUUAAAACUCUUUGCCACCAGCAGACCAGCCAAUAAUUGACACCAAGACCUGAUUUCUUAACUUCCCAGAUGUUCUACUCUGGUUUGGGGCUUUCUGAGCCUCGCAGGGUUAAGAAGAUGAAGGAGAGAAGGAAUUGGUAGUAGGAUGAGGAUAUAUUGAGUUGUGCCUUACAGUGUUGGCUCCUCUUUCGGCCAUCAGCAUUCCUCAUUGUGCGCCCACUUAGCUCUGCUAGAACUUCAACCUGUAGUGCCUCAUGCUAGGAUGCUCUGAUAUUUCCCAGCAGCAUAUUCUGCAGUGUUUUAGGUUAGCUUUGUUUGAAAAUUCCAAUUCUGCCACACAGCAUAGUACUAUCAGCUUGUUCCUCGGCUCUUUAAUUAUUCCUCUAGCGAUCCUUUGCCUUGCUCAAGCAGUCUUUUAAAAAAAGACCUUUCUGUCUGUGUUCUGUCCCUGGCAGAAGGCACUUAACCUCCUCCUAAAGCACUCUGCGGACGUCAACGCUCGCGACAAGUAUUGGCAAACACCACUGCACGUUGCCGCUGCCAACAGAGCCACCAAGUGUGCUGAGGCCAUCAUCGCCCUGCUAAGUAGUGUUAAUGUGGCAGACCGCACCGGCCGGACAGCACUGCACCAUGCUGUACACAGUGGGCACAUUGAGGUAAGGGUGCGCUUCUUUUCAGGGAGGGUUUUCUGUGCAUUCCACCUCUGUUGGAUAAGUAGUGAAAUGGGGGGGGGGGUCCUAGUCCGAAAAGCAUUUGGGGCUUAAGACAGAACAACACUGCGUGGAAAACUCAUGCUGUAAAACUCGAGUAGCUGCUGCUGUUGUGAGGAAACACCUUUCUGCUUGACACUUUGCUGGUGCAACCCCGCCCUUUGCAAGCCACUUCUUUCCUCCCACGGUUUCAAACUUGUUUCUUGGAGGAGAGAUUUGCCUUCAGGCAAAAAGAGCAGGCUGUCAGGGUUGGGCUGCAGCAAACAAGCAACAGGUAGGGAGCAAGUUCAGCUCCCCUCUGCCGCUUGUGCACAUUGUUGGCCCUUCCUAAAACCUGCUUCCGCCUGAUAUUUAUUUAAUCUAUUGACUUCCUUCCAAAGAAGCCCAGGUUGGCAAACACUUCUUUGAUUAAAAGAAUACAAUUAAGAAGAAAAUAAACAAAAAUGUUUAAAAACCAUCAAAAGCACCUGAAAAACAAUAAAGCAUCUCAAACCAAUGUAAGAGCAGAUGCAACCAAGUCACAGAAGCAGAUGCAGUGGUGUUGAUACAUAAGUUUGUAAUUCUGACCUUUAGGGUCCUAUAAUCGCAAGAAGGGAUCCUUUGCUCCUCCUACAGACUCCCUGAACGAUGACAGGAACUCUUUGGGCAAUAUAUUCAAGGUGUUGCAUAUCUGCAUUUGUGCUCUGGAACCUGUCAUAUGGCCUAUAAUGUAGAAUCUAGCAGUUAUCACAGGGACCCUGCUGGCUGUGCUUUCGCUUUUUGAAGAGAAACAAGUUUCUAGCCCUUAUAGCUUUGAAGAAAAUUGUAAGAAAAUGUGGUUCCUCUUCUCCCGCCACCAGUAUUUCAAACACAGAGGAAGCGCACAGAAGAGUGAACUAUAUAUUUCAGGCUUCCUUCCUUCACAACAACAAAACAGGAACAAAAAUUCAGCAUGCGGGGUUGUAUCUAGCAUGAGUCCUGCUCACAGUUGACCCGUUGAAUUUAAUAUACCGUAUUUUUUGCUCUAUAAGACUCACUUUUUGCCUCCUAAAAAGCAAGGGGAAAUGUGUGUGCGUCUUAUGGAGCGAAUGCAGGCUGCACAGCUAUCCCAGAAGCCAGAACAGCAAGAGGGAUUGCUGCUUUCACUGCAUAGCAAUCCCUCUUGCUGUUCUGGCUUCUGAGAUUCAGAAUAUUCUUUUUUCUUGUUUUCCUCCUCCAAAAACUAGGUGCGUCUUGUGGUCUGGUGCGUCUUAUAGAGCGAAAAAUACGGUACCUCGGUUAGUUGUGUUCAUUAAUAUCAGCAGAUCUGUUCUGAGUGUACCUCAUAUUGGAUACAUCCCCCUGCCCCAGAAAUGCCAACCAAAAGGGAGACAAUACAGAAUGAUGGAAAGGGUAACCUCAGCUAUAAAAGUGCCAGAAUUUCAUUUUGUUUGGAAGCUCAAAAUGCUGGCCCCUUUCUUCAGAUUGUGUAUAGUGUCACUUUCCUACUUAAUUGCCAGGCAGAGGUGCAGUUACAUGCUUAUCUGCCUUCCAAAGCUAGCUUUGCUGAGAAAUAAAACCUGGCUCACAGUCGAGGACACAUUUCUUUUAUGUAAGAGUGGGGAAAUGGCUCAGAAUUUAUAUUUGUAUUUAUUCGUUAAUGUGGCUUUAUUUGUUAUUUCUGUGACAUACAUUGUUGCUUUUGUUCUAUUUUCCAGUACACCACUUAGAUAUAUUUUCAUAUGUUAAGCAGUACAGAGAUUGCCUUAAAAAGACCUAAAUAAUAAAGCCCAAGGUGCUGAUUCCACAACAGUGCACCAGCAGGAAGUUCUAAGUAAAUGGACAUGCUUUUGUAAAAUAAUAAUAAUAAUAAUAAUCCUGUUUGUAACUCUCUUCUCCACCUUUUCUUAGAUGGUUAACCUGCUCUUAAAUAAAGGGGCCAAUCUGAGCACAUGCGACAAGAAGGAGAGACAGCCAAUACAUUGGGCAGCCUUCCUUGGUAUGUUUUUCUCUUACUUUUGCAGGCCCUCUGAUCUUUCUUUUUCUCUCUCUCUCUCUAUUUCUCGUUUGUGUGAGGGAGAGCGUGUGUGUUGUGAUCACACACAUGAGAGCGAGAGUAUGUGUUGUAAUCAUAUACAGUGGUGCCUCGCAAGACGAAAUUAAUCCGUUCCGCAAGAGUCUUCGUCUAGCGGUUUUUUCGUCUUGCGAAGCAAGCCCAUUGACGGAUUAGCGCUAAUAGCGCUAUCAGCUGUUUAGCGGCUAUUAAUGGCUAAAAGGCUACGGGUAUGAGCUGCUAAAAGGCUAUUAAAGGCUAUUAAAGGCUUAGCAGAUUAGAUAAAGGGGGAAAAGCAAACAAAAUCUCAGGACUCGCAAGGUAUUUUCGUCUUGCGAAGCAAGCCCAUAGGGGAAUUCGUCCUGCGAAGCAACUUCAAAACGGAAAACCCUUUCGUCUAGCGGUUUUUCCGUCUUGCGAGGCAUUCGUCUUGCGGGGCACCACUGUACAUGGAUCUUUGAGGAAGAGCUUAUAUGUAAAAAUAUUCUGAAUACAUGUCCAGCAAAGAAUGCAGGAUAUUGGAGCCAAGACUGGGCAUAUAAGUCAAUCCCCCAAAUUGGCAGCUGCCAAUUUGGGGGGGUCGUCUUAUACGCCCAGUCGCCUAAUACACUGGAAUCUACGGUAGGUACCGCUGCGGCACUCUGGCUUCCGUCAUGGUGUUCAGUUGCACCAGAAAUGGUUUAGCCAUGUUUUCCACAUGACAUGGAAAGCUGUCUGUGGACAAACACCGGCUCCCUCAGCCUGAAAAGCAAGAUGAGUGCCGCACCCCAUUUUUGACUGGACUUAACUGUCAGGAGUUCUUUAUCUUUGCCUUUUAAUGAGAGAUUCGCGAUGUGCCCUGAUUGCUCAGAAAAUGUUACAUAAAAUGCCUUUGGGGUUGCACCACUCUCAGCUUCCCAGUCGCUCCACAAUAUGGUGAGCCUGAGUCAAACCAAGUAACAGGGUGGCCAUUUGCACAUAGCUCAUAGGAAGUGAGACAAAAGGGAGCACUCAUGAUUAUAGCCAGAAGCAGGAAUCCAGUGAAGAGCCAAGGUGGAGGAAGACCAUGACUUCAGAGGGCACUCCAUGUGAUCAGGAGUCCCAAGUAGGAACCAACCACUGUACAAACUCAUGAUGUGGUGAUGCCUCCCAAUGCUUAAGGAUGGGUUUAACUCUGGGCACCAUUUUGAAAAUGGCACAUGGGCAUUUGUACUCAUUGUGCUUGCUUCAUUCGCCUCAAGAGUUAGGCCAUCACAAUAUGCUAUGGUGAUGAGAAUGAUGAUUGAUUGUUGAACCCGCUGCUUAAAGACUACCUUCUGAUUCUUUUUCUCCUAAUGGAAGGAGUUCUCUUUAGGGGAAGGCUUCUUUUCAUUCAAAGAUAUCUCCCCCCAGAGGGAACCCAGUCACACAAACAGUCAUUAAGAUACACCAGCAGCUAUUAACAUACUAUCUAGAGCUAUUAACACCUCAUUAGUCUUUUUUUGCGCUUCAGCUGAGAAAAGGGAGAGGGGAGAGCUGCUUUUUUUCUACAUUAAAGAAGAAAGCUGCAUGUUUAAUCAUCCCUUUUGUACUCUUCCUACUUUUUUUUUUUGUCAAGCAUGUAAAGGUGAAUGUUCACGAGUUAAAUGCGCACAGGUUGCAAUUUACCCUUUUAGGGCCAUAGGUUUGGUUUAUGAAAUUAUAUAAAGUAAAACUGUGCUCAAAUUAAACUGCCAUUACCUUUUUUAAAAACACCAAAACAAAAGGUGUAAGUGAAAGAAAUGGACCGCCAAAGCAUAGAAACCUGAAGUAAGUCUAGAGGUUGAGCAGGUAAACAUAUAUGGAAGUGGCAAGUAGGGAAAACAUAUAGAUCACAGUAUGCAGCCCUGUCCCUGCGUCAGAUGCCCUCUGUAUCUGCCCAUAAGCUGUUAAGCACAGAGCAGCAGAGAAGAAAAGUUUGAAAUCUUUCAUUGUAUGGUAGACACUAAAUCUAAAAUUCGAAUAUCCUUGUUUUGGGUGCUUUUUCUAUCACCCAGUCCAUGGAGGGAGGAGGGAGAAAGAUUCCUGAUCUAGUGAAAUUCCUGGCAGGACAAAGAAAUGAAAUCUUGCAGAAAUCACCACAUUUGGCUGUCUAUAACGUCGUGAAUUGGCUCAGACAACCUUUUAAGGCGACAAAAUCCACAGCUCGGCAAUAACUAUUAGCACCAGCCAAAAUAUCGCAAAAAGCAUGGCAAUUUUUGAUUCUGUGGAUUCAGGAGUGGUUUAUCCCUCCUUAUAGUCCAAUGCUACCUUCAUUGGCUUCCAACAUAAGGAGCAGAUAUGUAUGGGAGUGGGAAGCCUUGUUCAAAUUGCUAUCUCUCUCUGUGCUUGCCUGUGUUGCCUCUCUGUGUUUGUUAUACCUCUCUGUGCUUGUACAUUGCCUCCUCCCAGGGCAUCUGGAAGUCUUGAAGCUGCUUGUGGCCCGAGGAGCUGACGUUACGUGCAAGGACAAGAAGGGUUACACACUGCUGCACACAGCGGCAGCCAGCGGCCAGAUCGAGGUUGUGAAACACCUGCUGAGGCUUGGAGUAGAGGCAAGUGCUGCGAAUGUACCAACUCAGUGGGCACUGCUCCUGCUUAUUCUGACAGUACUCUUAACAGUGUGUACCUGUACUUUGCAACGUGUGCAGGCAUAGUUUCAGACAGGUUAGGUGCUGCAGGGGAGGGGAUUAUUGCAACAAUAUGGAAAAACCUGGAAGCAGCUUUGUCACACGGAUCUUCAUCAUGAAAUGCAUGUAGAUAGCCCCAGUGUUAACGAUGCUUCCCCCUUGCGAUACGAGUUUUCAAGAUGCAGGUGUUUAAAAAUAAAUGUUUGGAAGUAACUGUAUGUGGAUGCUAACUGCCGUCUUGGUGUUAUUUUACCGGUGAUUAAUGCCUGCUGGAUUCUGUCUCCACAACCAGCGCAACAGGCAGGAAAAAGCUGCAAGGGCAUGUACUGCUUAUCUUUUAAUCGAAACCCAAGGUUUUAUACCGGCUUCAACAAACCCCCUGCUUAUACCUGCUGCUGCUGUUUUUAGCUGGCCAAUCUAUUUUCCCCAAAAAUAAAUAAAUGAAAAAAUAAAAAGUUGAAUAAAAAGUUAAUGUGAGCAAGCAAGCACAGUAGGUUGGGCUAAGAAGCAAGUGUAUAUCUGAAGGAGCAUCUCCACCCCAUCGUUCAGCCCGGACACUGAGAUCCAGCGCCGAGGGCCUUCUGGCGGUUCCCUCAUUGCGAGAAGUGAGGUUACAGGGAACCAGACAGAGGGCCUUCUCGGUAGUGGCGCCCGCCCUGUGGAAUGCCCUCCCUUCAGAUGUGAAGGAAAUAAGCAGCUAUCUUCUCUUUAAAAGACAUCUGAAGGCAGCCCUGUUUAGGGAAGUUUUUAAUAUUUAAUGCUGUAUUGUUUUUAACACUUGAUUGGAAGCUGCCCAGAGUGGCUGGGGAAACUCAGCCAGAUGGGCGGGGUAUAAAUAAAUUAUUAUUAUUAUUAUUAUUAUUUGAAGGAGCUUCUGUGGCCUUGGGCAGCCCAAUAAUGUAGUUGCUGCUCUUCUUUCUGACCAAGCCCUCUCUGUGCAGCAUUGAUACAGCACGUUCACAUGCUUGCCUUUUUACACUUGUCCUUGUAGAUUGAUGAACCAAAUUUCUUUGGCAACACUGCACUUCACAUUGCCUGUUACAUGGGCCAGGAUGCUGUGGCCAAUGAACUGGUCAACUACGGCGCCAAUGUCAAUCAGCCCAAUGAGAAGGGCUUCACCCCCCUGCACUUUGCUGCCGUCUCCACCAACGGAGCCCUGUGCCUGGAACUUCUCGUCAACAACGGAGCUGACGUGAACUUUCAGGUAUGAGCCCUCAAGUCAGGAUUCGGUCAGGCUUUGAGGGAAGGAGGUGGGGAGUCUCAGCGAGGAUGGGAGAACUAAAAGUAAAUUUAUAUCGUAGUUAGCAGGACAUGUCCACUUGCUAACUUGCUGUGAUGUUUUCAGAGUAAAGAAGGGAAGAGUCCUUUGCACAUGGCUGCCAUUCACGGACGGUUUACACGCUCUCAAAUUCUCAUACAAAACGGUAAGCUCUCAGUCACCCGUCAGUAUUUAUGCUUAAUAUUUAACAGUCUUCCUUUCUAAUUAGAGUUAUUCACUAUUCCUUGCAGUCCUUCCCAGUUCUUCCUUAUAAUUUGCAGAGUAAUGUUGUGCCUGUAGACAUUUCAGAUGUACGUAUUUUGUUUCACUUGCAAUGGUUUACCUCGUGUAUAAUUUAAGCAAAUUCUUUUCUUACGCUGAGGUCGGCAGUCAAAACCAAAGUCCAGUUUACUGUGAGGAGGUUUAAUACAAUGAAAACACUAUUCCAUAAAAAUCAGAUCUAACCCCUUGGUUUUCACAGUAUUCCUUGAACAGAAGCAUCAGUUGGUCCACUCUUAACUCAUGUCCUUACUGUUCUGAAGUCAUGCCCCAAAUAUAAGUGAGUUAUUUAAAGUAAAACAAAGACAUUAGCAGUAGAGCCAAAAGGACUGAAAAUCAUCCCUUGUCAGAUCUAGUACAGGAGUUGCCAGCUGGAAUUUUGAAGAAGUGCUAUGAGCGUUAGUCACAAAAUGGCCACCAUUGGAGUGAAACAUUACACAAAAUGGCUGUCAUGGCGUUGUGGCAUAAUACAAAAUGGCUGCCAUAUCUAAAAGAUUAUCUUUCUUUAGUUUUUUCUUUUCCCUUUCUCCCGUUUUCUCUUUCUUUGGGUUUCUCCUUCUAUUUUCUUCCUUCUGACUUCGUUCUCUUUUAGACUAACUAGCUUAGAAUAUAUAUAAAGAUACUUUGUAAUGGGCAUGUAUUUUUUAUAUAUUUGAACAAGUAUAAUAUGUUGAAGGAGGCAUGUUUAGGAGAGGCUGAGCCAGUGCAAACAGGAACUGAGCAGGGAGACCAAGUGGUCUCCUGUGCGUUGGGGAUUUUUGAGGGGAUAUUUACUGAUACCUUUUGAGGAGGUAUCGAUGGGCACACUGAUCUAGUACAUUUCACUUCCCUUCCUGUCAAGCCAGAGUUGUCCUUUGCUUCUGGUCAGUUUGAAGAACAAAGUAAAUAAUGAAUCCUGCUUGCUUUUCUAGGCAGUGAGAUUGACUGCGCUGACAAAUAUGGCAAUACCCCCCUCCAUGUUGCUGCUAGAUACGGCCACGAGCUGCUAAUUAGUACUUUGAUGACGAAUGGUGCUGAUACUGCAAGGCAAGGACUUUUUCUUCUUAAUGUGGCAUCAGUCAGGAGGAAGAUACAGUGGGUCACAUUUCAGAUCACUUGUAAUGAAUUAUGAGUUUGUGUGUAUCGGGCCACCGCUCUUUUGCACACAGGUUUGGAUAAAGAGUGGUGGAUGGUUGAGUGCUGCUUUCAACCUUUUUCGUGCAUGUGUGUAUGGAGUAACACCUGCCCUACAUUAGUGAUCGCAAAUUCACCAAUUAUUUGCUUCAUGCAGAGUGAAAAUUUUGUACAUUUUGUAUACUCACCCAGAAAUGGGGUUAUUGUGUUAGCGACACGGACACUCAGUUCUGUGUUGCUGCUGGCUGUGUUUUCCACCUUGAUGUCAGGUGGUGUGUGUGUGUGUGUGUGUGUUUCUUUCUCUUUCUCUCACAAUAAUUCUUUCUUUUGGUUUGCCAGGCGUGGGAUCCAUGACAUGUUCCCCUUGCACUUAGCUGUUCUCUUUGGAUUCUCAGACUGUUGUCGUAAGCUACUUUCCUCAGGUAUGUGGAUAGCACACCCCUUGCUUGUCCUCUCACUUCAGGUUUUGGAUUAGGGUUGUGUUCAUAGGAAGCCACAGUCCAUUCUCCGUAUGUGCCUGAAUUCAGAGUAAGCCAGCCAGCUGGGGCUGAUGGAAAUUGUAGUUCAACAACAUCUGGAGUGCCAAAGGUUUCCCACACCUGGUCCAAGGGAGGUUGCUGGGAGACCGUAUUUUUCCAUUGUUUAGGGCAAGGAACAACCCAGAGCUUGUUGAGAAAAAUAAGGUUUUGCUUAUCUUGCUCUGAGGUAGACAGUGGAGUGAAAUUUUCUGAUUCCUUCAUCUGUGCCAAAAUGCACCACUCCCCACAAUUUUUUGCACACACAUUCUAAACUUAAAUAAUACACGAGCAUGCUUGCUUACUUUGCAUUAGGUUGUCCAUUGCACAUGCUUUCUUCUUAGCUUAAUUACCUUAUUUUUCCGUUUAUAAGACUAGGUUUUUUUCCUAAAAAAUAAUGUCAAAAAUUAGAGGGUGUCUUAUACACGGAUAGUGCCAAGGGUGGACUGGCGAUUGGUUGUUGCCGCAAAAAUAGGGGGCGUCUUAUACAUAGGGGCAUCUUAUAGACAGAAAAAUACAGUAUCUGGGCUUUGAAAUCCUACCUGACUUCCUAGAUUUAGGUUUGGGUCUAUAGAGCUGGUAUAUUGCUGGUAAGGAACAGUGUGGUAGGAGAAAUAUAAAUCAAUGAGGACCAGAAGGUGCUCUUCGCUGUCUGACAAGUAACAAGGCACAGAAGGCCCAUCAACUGAACAAUUGAGCUCUGCACUUGUGAAGGAUUAUUGAGACGUUUUAGAAAUCUGAACUCCAGAUAAUAAACUUCCCAUGGAAACGCUGGCCAGAAUCAUGGACUUGACCAUGAAGCUUGACCAGUUCUCUGCUGUUUUCUGAUUCACAGGUCAGUUGUACAGCAUCGUCUCUUCACUUAGCAAUGAGCAUGUGCUGUCUGCAGGCUUUGAUAUCAAUACGCCAGAUAACCUCGGGAGGACCUGCCUCCAUGCUGCUGCUUCCGGAGGGUGAGUAGUCAAUCAGUUUCUUACUUAGGCAAGAUAUUCUUCAGAACUGAUCUGGAUGAUUUUAUUGCUCUGUUGCUUAUUCCUACCUCACUGGGUACCUUUGGUUAAGUAAAGAGGAGAGAAAGGUUAAAAGACUGUCUGGCUUUGUUUAUUUCUGUUUAACUAGAACAGAUUCAGGUUUCCAUUGCCUUGAAGUACUGUACAGCUGUGGUGAUGUAAUCAAAUUGAAGCUCUCUUCUAAUCCCCAGUGUUCAGAGCUAAUAUUGGGAGAUUCCUUGUUUGUGUGAAGUGGAAUUUCCAGUUGCACUUCAGAACAAAUAUGAGAGGAUUUGCUUUGAUCCAGCAAACAUACUAUAAGGGAGAAGAAUCUGUUCCUCAAGGGCUCCAUGCAACCUUCAGCCUAAAUUACCUGUGGGAGGGGAAGAAGCCAUAAGGAAGGAAGGGUGGGAAAAGCAUGGUGGAGGGAGCAACAUUUAGCAGGAAGUAAGGGGCGGGAAGACCUUUUGCAAGCAAGCAAUUCAGACCUCUUGCAAGAGUGGUCUGUGUCCUUUUCCCAGUUGCUCUAGACAAGGGGUAGUCAACCUUUUAAUACCUACUGCCCACUAAUGUAUCUUUCUUGAUGGUAAAAUUUCUUUACUGCCCACCAGUGCUCAAUAUGGCUUGUGCCAUAGAAUCCCCUACCGCCCACCUUGAAUCCUGAAACGCCCACUAGUGGGAGGGAGGGACCAGGUUGACAACCCCUUCCCUAGACAGGGAUCCCCAUCCCAGCUAGAGGAUAAGCCACACCCACAAAUAUAUAGCUCUUGGGAACUGUGCUCUCAGGACAGCAUUUUCCAUGGAUGUGGAACAGCCACAGUUAGUUAAAAUGUGUGCCAGCAAAAUUGAAGCUGUUAUACUUCCAAAGUGUACAAAAACCUGGAUUCAGGUUGACCCUGCAUGUAAAUACAAAGAAAACCAGAGGGUAUCUGUGUGCUUCUUGUCCAGCGGCUACCAUUUUGAAUAUCCAAGCUAUAUAAACAAUUCACUCUGCAUUCAGGCAGACCCAGUACUCUUGGGUCAGUUGUGGUUUUUUUAAGAGUGCAAUCACAUUGUUCAAAUGUAUUCUGUUUUUUUAUUUGACUUCUCGAGUGGGCACUAGGACACAACCUGGUGGGUGUUGUCUUGGUCCAUUUGCUUGAAGAGGCAGAAACAAUGACAUCUUUGACUUGGAGGGCAGUUUAUGUUUUCUGCUCUACUUAAAAAUAGGACAUAGUUUGCUACCACUCCGCUAGCCCUUUAAUUUUCUAAUCAGUUGGUAAAAAGCAAGCUUGAGUGAAUUGUGUGCAUUUUUCUGUUUUAGCAAGCCUACAUCCUUGACUGGAAAUCGUCCUUGAUCUUUUCUGCUAUCUCCUUCCUAAGAGAUUGCUUCCCCCUGUGCCUUUAAAUCCUACUGAGGCUUCCCACCUUGUAAAAUCUCUUUACUUUCUCAUUCUAACAGCCUCUUUAGUUCAAUCACAUUGUUCAUAUGUAUUCUAUAUUUGUUUUUGGCUUUUCUGUAGGAAUGUUGAAUGUCUUAACUUGCUGUUGAGCAGCGGAGCUGACUUGAGGAGGAGAGAUAAGUUUGGAAGGUAAAUUAAGAGCACCAUGCAGUUUUGCCUUUGGGCAAGGAAAGGCUGUUGUUCAGUGGCAUUGAAACCUGCCCAAAGGCUGUGAAGGCCUUGCACUGUGUUAACAGGAGACUGCUUUUAUAAGUGUGACUCAGUGCUUAUUGCACUGAGGAUGAGCUUAAGGUGCUCACUUGCAGAAAUGUUUUUGCUCAACCAAAGCUCAGUGCUGCUCUGUUGGGAGCUGCUGAAUUAGAAAGAGAGGGAUUGUACAUUGCUUUUCUGUUUGUUAAUGCAACGCAACAUUAGCAAGAGCCACUGAUGCACUGGAUGACGUGUCUGCUUUGAAGGUCGUGAGAUCAAGUUUAACGUCCCCCUUUGGUCAGGGACUCAGAAUCUCUGUUCUCUAUCUGUAAAAUGGCAUUUGCAGAGGAACCCUUAGAAAGUGGCUGUGAGGGUGAACGCUCUACGUCACCCGAAGAACUUUUUGUUAAUGAGCGAUAUAAAGUGGGCGUAAAUAAAAGACAUAGUAGAUCAGCUGGGAUGCAAAGGACACGUCGGCUGAGGACUAGCUCAGGACAACACAGCAAACUAACUCAGGUUAGAUCCAUGCAGGACCAAAAGUUGACAUAUUAACCCAAUGGAGCCUACUCUGUUAACAGAUUGAGGAAAUGGAAACUCUGAACCACAUUCAUUGCUUACAAUGCUAACGUAUUAAAAGGUGCUUUGUGUUUAGUAAGUGCUUCAAGUCUCGUUUUCCCCAUCCAGGACUCCUUUGCACUAUGCAGCCGCUAAUGGCAGCUAUCAGUGUACGGUGACAUUGGUCACUGCCGGAGCCAGUAUUAACGAAGCUGACUGUAAAGGCUGCACCCCCUUACAUUAUGCUGCUGCUUCGGACACUUACAGGAGGUAGGAGAAAGGGCUGACGGGGGCUGACGGGCAUUUGCCUAAAAUGGCAGCAGUCAAGUGCAAUUCUUUCACCAGAAAGAUCUGCAGUAGAUGCAAUAUUUUUCUUCUCCCUUUCUAACACUUUUGUGGAUAGAAAGUGUAUCAUUAAAGCCCUCAUUGGAAAUAUAGUGAAAAUUAAAUAAUGAACUGGUGCAUUCUGGUUUUUUUGUUUUUAAAAAAACAAUGAUUUAAAAUGGCAGGGCUCAUCUUUGAGGCUUUUAUCUAAGAAUCAUGGUGCUACCUGCCCAAAUGUUUAGACAUUAGAAACCAAAGUCAAAAAUGGCGAUAGAGAAUUUAUACUUCAGAUCUUAUUUGGGGUGUGCAUGACUUUGCUUUCUGCUGUUGCAGUUGUUUCAGACUUUUCCCUGUCUGUAGAGACUUAAGAACAUUUCUCCAAAAAUAGUUAAAGUUGAAAUUCAACUUGCACUAUACCUUCUUGGGCUAGUGAAGUUACUUAAAUGGCUACAAUCCUUUUCCUACUCUCCUGUGUGAUGCCAGGCUGAUGAAUGAUGACUUCUGAAAGUAGCCCAGGCUUAUGACACAUCUUUUUCCCAGAUUAUUUUUUGCUUCUAUUAAUUUCAUAGAUAAAUUCAGUCGGAGCCACUGAGGUCAUCAAGCCUGAUCUGUACUGGCUCUUUGUAACCUGUCCUGAUUGACCAGUAUCAUGCACGUUUCCCCCCACAAAUUUAUUCUUGCAAUGGAUUUCCACAUGUGGGAUUCCUUUGAAAACUGUUACGUGUUCCUGCACAGUCCCUCUUCUACUAUGUCUCAGCAAAACUGAUCUAGGCUUUCACUUACAGAGCUGAGACUCAUUCAGGAAACAGCCAUGACACUGACGAGGAGCCGCUGAAGGAGUCACGACUGAAGGAGGCAAUCUUGUGAGUAGCCCGUCUUAACUUGCCUUAGCAUACAGCUUUAGGAGCUCAGCUGCCUCCACACACAUGUCUUUUACCAACUAGGGUGACAAUUUGAAUUUAACACUUCACUGCCAGUUUUUAAGUGACUGAUUGGGCUUGGGCAGUGGCCAUUGUUAGGGGGUUCUGUCCUAUUAUUGUGACUUAAAUCAACCAGCAGUUGGGCUUUUACCAAAUCAGCAUGGGACACAAGUCUCUCCAGGUUUUCUUUGCUCCUCCAGCCUCAUCUUUAAAAUGCACUCCAAACCUUUUCAAAAUAAAAGAUGCUUUGACUUUUGUUCAUCCCCCCCCCCCGCCUUUUCAUUAUUGAAACUGAACUUGAGUGGAUUUUUAUAAAGUGCACAUACAUCAGUUUAACAUGGAGAGGGGAGUUCAGUAACUGCUUCUAAAUCUUACAUGUGUCAUACUUGCAUUGGGAAGUGCUUGUGAUGCAGGGAAGAAAAGUGGAGUUUCUUUCUACCAACUAGGGCUGCCAUAUUUCAAAAAGCGAAAAUCCAGACACAAAAGUUGGUUGUUGUUUUUUUGAAGAUGUAUUUGAGCUGCCAACAUAAGUGCCAUACAAGUUGGGUUGAAAGCAAUGUUUUACACAGGGCUGCAGCUGUUCUUAUUCUGUCAAACUCUGUGAAUGAGGGGAAUCUCCUUUGAGAGUUGUGGCUCCCGCAGUACAGUUGCGAGACAUUUUAAUAAGAAACCACGGCAAAGGCUGUUUGCGCAGCAACUUUUAGGUCCUUCACAUGCAACGGCUUCAAGGCAUCCGACCUAAUCUACUCACAUCUGCUCCAGUUGUUUAGAGUUCUUGUUGGAUAAUGGUGCUGACCCCUCUCUCCGGGACAAGCAGGGAUACACCGCUGUCCAUUACGCAGCUGCCUAUGGCAACAGACAGAACCUUGAGUUGGUAAGCUCGAAUUGGGAUUGGAGGAACUGGGUUGUGAUUUUGGAGGGGAGACUGAGGAAUGAAUGUUUCUGUAGAAGUUUGGAAGAGCCAUACUCUGGGGUGCAGCCUUCAUUUGUAUUCACAGUCAACUUGAUGAAAUAGGCUCUCUUGUUGAGUACCUUGCUAUUGUGCACCUGGUUGCUUUGAUGGAAUUGAGAGUUGUUCUGAAUAGAAACUGGUCACGUUCCCACUAAGCCAGGGUUUGCAACUUGUUAACCAUGAUGUGCAUGAGCAGUGUAUUGGUGCAUGCAGCUCAGGUGCCCAGAUUUCAUUCCUCCCUUUGUUCAGUUAGGUGCAAGAAACCAGAAGUCUUGGCUUAGCCUGACAACCUGCCUUUUUGGUUUCUUUUCUGCCUAAAACAAGCCAUGAUACAAAGCCAAGGUUUGUUUUUGGCUUUCCAGUUUCCAUGAAUUGUUGGUUCUGAUAUCAAAGUAAGCCAAGGUUCAUGGUUUGUUGCUCCCAGUUGGACAAAAGGAGGAGCGAAAUAGGAGAACGUGAGUUGCAGGCAUUAGCAUUUACCUCAUUAACAUUAUGGGUUAAACAUGCAACAUACCUUGACUUAGUGUUAGGUGCUAAAGCAGCCGUUGUGUGUAUAUGUUGUGAUAGAACAUCAGAAAUUUAGAUGCUGCAUAAGCUUUGAGAAUCUAAUCAAUCCUCUCCAGUAGCACAAACAGGCUGUUUACAUGGAAACCAGUUUUAGCAGGGAGCUGCAUAUGUCUAGGUCCAGGGUGGAGGGCAUGGCAGGAGUUUUGGCAACUCAGCUGUUGCCAUAAAACCUCUCUUGAAUGGUUAGAUGAAUAUCAGUUUUGCUUAGGAUCUGAAUAACAGCUUUGCACAAUCAGUGUAUGAGAACAAUAUGAUCUUUCUCGCUGACUCGUGUGUGUUUGUAGAAAAUGUUAAUGCCCCAAAUGGCUUUUAUGAAAUAGACAAAGUAAUAUCCAUCAAUAAAUUGUGGCUGAUCCAGGCCCCUAAGCAGCAUAAAACAGUGCCUAUAAAAAUAAAGGCAGCAGCAACAUAAUAAUUUGAGCAGCAAAGAAAUAAGUAAACACAGUCAAGAGCCCACCGGAGAACCAACAAAUUAGCACACAUCUUGCUCUAUAAAAUGCACAGAGAUAAAAAUGGUCUUAGGUCACAUCAAUAAAAAUAGUGAUUUCCAAUGGACAUUAAUCUGGUAUUACAAUGACUACCCAUUCUAUGUACUUACAGUGGGGAAAACCACUUAACUGCAUUUCAUAUAUUAAAAUGUGUGAAAUACUUUUUUUAGCCAGAGUUUAGUCUCGGCAUAAGAAUUCUUAAUGCCUCAAGGUGCCUUAACAAAGAUAGCAAAUUAAUACUAUUACCAUUGUGCUACUGAGAUAUGCUUGGAAAGUGUAUUGGCAUUCCACAUUUGAGUUUUAACCAUUUGAGCAUAUGAUUGCGAUUGUCUAGAUUGCACUUCUAGACUCAAGAGCCCAUCAAGCUUUUUUCUGCUUGGUAGUCCUGUGAAUGCAUUUGGGGGUUGGUGGAAUGCUAAUUUCCUGCCUGGGAAAGCUAAAGACUGCUGGCAUCAUUGCUGCUGUGGGUUCUGGAGGCUAGAAGAGUUAAAGCAUUUGAAUGGACAUUGUGCUUUUUUGGUUUGUAGCUCCUGGAAAUGUCUUUUAACUGCCUGGACGAUGUGGAAAGCACCAUUCCAGUCAGCCCUUUGCACUUAGCUGUAAGUAUAUCUAUCAUAAAUCUGGCUUUGCAAGGUUGUGGGCUAUGUCUUGCACUGUAAAAAGACAGAGGCUUGUACAAUGAAAGUGAAUGCUAAAAUCUAGUCAAACGCCAGCAAGUUGCCUCUUUCUUGGUUCGUUUUAGGCUCAGUCACAUUUACUUGGGAGUGAGUCCCAUUGAAGUAAUGUACCGUAUUUUUAGCUCUAUAGGACACACUUUUUCCCCUCCAAAAAUUAAGGGGAAAUGUGUGUGCGUCCUAUGGAGCGAAUGCAGGCUCCAUGGCUUCAGCGAAGCCUCCGAAGCGCAGAGGGAGCGCUCCCUCGGGUUUGCGUUGCUUUCGCCGAAGCCUGGAGAGUGAGAGGGGUCGGUGCGCACCCUGUCGCUCUCCAAGCUUCAGGGAUAGCCACCUGAAGCCUUUGGAGCACAGCGGGACCUCGCGAUGCGCUCCAAAGGCUUCAGGUUCCUAUUGCUGAAGCCGGGAGAGCAAGACUCUCCAGACUUCAGCAGAGAGGGAGAGCUGCGCAGCGCCCCUUCAGCCAAGCGGGAGGAGAAAUGGAAGGGGCUCCGUUUCUCCUGCCGCUUCACUGAAGGGGCGCUGAGCAGAGAGGGGGAGAAUUUUUUUCCCCCUGCUCUCCCCCUCCUAUGGUCCGAUGUUCCUAUGGUCUGGUGCAUCCUAUAGAGCAAAAAAUACGGUAUUUAUUUACUGCUGCUUGGUGGGGGUUUUUAAAAAAAUAUUUUUAAAACGUAAUCAUGCUUGGGAUUGCACGGCAUGUACCGUAGGCAGAAAGAGGCAAGCCACGCAAAAUGAACUAAAUACUGAUGUUGCUUCCAGGCCUAUAAUGGUCACUGUGAAGCCCUGAAGACACUUGCCGAGACCCUGGUGAACCUGGAUGUGCGGGACCACAAAGGGCGGACGGCUUUGUAUCUUGCCACGGAGAGGGGCUCCACGGAGUGCGUGGAGGUGCUCACCAGCCAUGGUGCUUCUGCUCUUGUGAAGGAGAAAAAGAAGAAGUGGACUCCCCUACAUGCUGCAGGUGAGGGCAUGGCAUUUCCUUUUCUCGGAUGCUUGCUUUCCUUCUCCUGACUGCUGUUGCAAACAAACCUGGAGCACUCGGUAGGUCUUUGCGGAAAUGGCAGUUUGAGAAACUAUUAGAAAAAGGGAAGUUGUGUACAUGGUACUAUUUCCCUCCCUAGUUCUCCCUCUUACAUUUCUUACAGCUGCCUAUGGGAACACCGAUUCCCUACAUCUUCUCAUUGACAGUGGGGAGAGAGUCGACAUCACAGAUGUCAUGGACAUCCAUGGACAGUGAGUUUUUCCACUGGCUUAUAUGUUAAUCGUUCUGUGUGUUGGGCUGGAAGUCCUUCUGUUCCUGAUAAGUUCUUUUUGCUCCUCAGGGGUCCCAAACGGUUAUACGAAUAAAUUCUAAUUAGAGUCGUACCUUGGAAAUCGAACGGAACCCGUUCCAGAAGUCCAUUUGACUUCCAAAACGUUCGAAGACCAAAGCGCGGCUUCUGAUUGGCUGCAGGAAGCUCCUGCAGCCAAUCGGAAGCCCCAGAAGUCCCCUUGGAUGUUCGGCUUCCAAAAAUAGUUUGCAAACCGGAACAGUCACUUCCAGGUUUGAGGCGUUCGGGAACUAAGCUGUUCGGCUUUCAAGGUACCACUGUAUAGGAGCUUCCCCUCCUUUGUGCAAAGCCAUGAAACAGCAGCUUUCUCGUAAUAACCUACCCACCAAGGCCUCACCUCUGCCACUUUCAUGUUCCUCCUUCUCCAAUAACUGAGAAUAGCACUAUGGAUCCUGAUGGCUCCAUCUCCUUGAUUUGCAACAAAAGUCCUAAAUGACACCUAGCCCCACUCCUGGCUUUGCAGCAGCCCUUGCUCUGACUGUUAUUUCUUUUUCGAAGCCUACUUGGAAUUGAAGGCAGCCCUGAUUCUGAUUUUUCUCAUUCUUAUUGUUGGGGUGCCACCUCUGCACCUUUCCCUAUCAGUGGAAGACCCUUGGGCCUCUAAAACGGGGCCGAGCCAAAUUUUGCUGUGCCUGAGCCAUUCUUUCUUGCCUCCCAGAACCCCGUUGAUGUUGGCGAUCAUGAACGGCCAUGUGGAUUGUGUCCACCUCUUACUUGAGAAGGGAUCCACAGUGGAUGCAGCAGACAGGAGAGGCAGGACUGCACUGCACCGGGGGGUGAGUAGAAAAAGCUGCUACAGCAUUCACAGGCUAGUAACAUAGCCCUGCUGUGAGCACUACAUGUGCUGGCUGCACAAGUGGCCUUUAUGGUGUUUCUGGAAUUCAGCUCCUAUCAUCCCCAAGCCAGCCUGAACAGUGACUGGGGAUGAUGGGAGAUGUAACCCAACAACCUCCAUAGGGCCGCGGUCUCCCCAUUCCUGCCCUAAGUUGUCCUUCAAUAACUUACGUUGAAAACCGAAUUAGAGACUUCAUCACAGAACAUCCCAAAACUUCAGCCAGUCAGAACGCAGUGGCUCAUCACAGUGGCCGGUUGAUACUGAAAGGUAUAUCCUAAACCAGGGGUGUCCAAACUUUUUUCAAAGAGGGCCAGAUUUGAUGAAGUGAACAUAUGUGAGGGCCAACCAAAGUUGUUGGUUGAAGUUGUUGAGCAAAGUUUGCAAUUUUACCCCAAAGUUGUUGAGUUGUUGGGCUGGAUUAGACUUUGAACAUGCCUGUCCUAAACUGUUGGCAAAGAACUUCAUGUGCCAGACAGAAGCAUUUCAAGACACUUUGGUUUGGGAAGUGAGGUUAGCACAGAAUGAGAGAGAAAAAGGAGAAAUAUUUUUCAGUUGUUUACGGACUUAGGAUUUGCUCUAGUAAAUAAUGGCUUAUUGGCUGAUGGUAUCAAUUUACAAUGUCAUUAAAAACCCUUAUAAGUAACAAUUGACUGCUGUGUCUGUCUUUGCCGUGUCGGAAGCAGAUGUCCUGCUGGUUUCAACGUGCCACCAAAGAGAAGCGCCCCAUUGCUAUCCCGGCACUGCCAAGAUUCCUUUAUAGUAACCCAGUGUUAUCAGUAUUUGGCUUGGGCACAUUCUUUCAUCAUUCACUGUUCUUUGCUCACUCCCAGGCUGUGACUGGCUGUGAAGACUGCCUUGCAGCACUGCUGGACCAUGAUGCCUUUGUAUUGUGUCGGGAUUUCAAGGGCCGGACCCCGAUCCAUUUUGCCUCGGUGUGUGGGCAUUCCGAAAUCCUGAGGACCUUGCUGCAGGCAGCGCUCUCUACUGACCCUCUGGACUCUGUGGUGGACUAUAGUGGCUACUCACCAAUGCACUGGGCUUCUUACAGCGGUACGAGUUAUGCCUGAUUCUGAUUGUUCUUUUCCUGUGCCAAGGCAGAGAACCAGUCCAACCGGGGUUCUGUUCAGUAGGGCCACUAGUAGGAUACUCAGCAUGUAGCGAGUACACAGCUCUUUACAUAUUCUGAGUGCAGAACUUGGUUCUGCAGAGAACACCACUCUGAGAGACGCAUUCCCCUGCUGGAAGUGUAUGUCAGUCUGUUGCAGCCUGGCUUAUUAAAGCAAGCUGCAGAAACUCAUAGUCACCACCUUCCCAGUUUAUGGCUGUUUUGUUGAUCUGGGAGACCACCCAAAGGGUCUUUUCAAGUCCUUGGGCAAAGGCGCCUUUUGAUUCUGCUCAUAAUAAUUUCUUGGAUGUUGAAGGUCAUUUGAUAAUGCCUUCUGCCUCUUUUCUCCCUUUGCCAGGGCAUGAAGAUUGUCUUGAAUUGUUACUUGAACACAAUCCAUUUGCAUACCUAGAAGGAAACCCCUUUACUCCAUUGCACUGUGCGGUGUAAGUCUCAAUUGGUCCUUUGGAGGGUGGGACGGGGUGUGGAAGCAAAGACCAAAGUGGAUGUUUGGUUUUCGUGAUGAGUGGCUGGACUUCUGUGUUUCUAAAGAAACUGUAUCUCAAAAGAUGUACCUUAGGCCUGGAGCAUUUUAAAUAAUAAGCGGUUAGUGCAAGAGACCCUGUUGUUACCAUAUAGUGCAUUCUUAAUGAGCCUCCAUCACAGAUAAACAACUAGCCCUGCAGUUUGUCGUGGCUUCUCCCAGACUGCGGAGCAUCUAAUCUCAUGAAGUGCUGAUGGUUUUUUGUUAGAGAUCCUUAGCCCCCUCUUAUAACUUAUCAUUUCCCUGCCUGGGUGCCAUCACAGGCAAGCCAGUUUCAAACUGUUUAAAUUUGGAGCAUAUUCACACCCUAAAUGUUAUAUUCUAGUUAGUGCAAUCUUGACUCUGGAUGUUUUUCUGUGGAUGCAGUCUUCAUGAGAACCGCUAGAGGGCACGUCUAACCUGCAGAACUCUUCCUUCGCCACAAGCAGAAUGAUGAGUCAGUUUCAGCAAUGUUAGGCUUUCUCCCAGAAUGUGCAAGCUUUACAAGGAGUGGGUAGCAGGACUGAAUAGCAGACUGCUCUGCUGACCUAGUUCUUAGCUCUUACUUCGUUCGUUCUACCAGAGAAGAGAGUUGAGGUCAGGAUACCAAAGUUGUACCCCUAGUUUUGAUAGUGUGAACACCUACAAGGGGUCGUUGCCCCCAAGUACUGUGGUCUCUCUGGAUUGAUUGAUUUACCGUUCUAGUCCACCCUAACCGAACAGCUCAGAAAUGUGAUGCAACCACAUUAAAAUACUAUCAAGUCUCCAUUACAUCUAGCUUAGACUUGACCUCUGAAAGCCAACCCAAACCAGGUCUUGAAGUGGUUUUGAACAAUGUCCAGGUUUGCAUUGGAAGAGUUUCCAGGGACAGGUAAUUCCAUAGCUGACAGAAAUCACUGAGAAUGCUUUAUUUGUGUUUUAAUGUUUUUGUGUGUUUUUACGGAAGGAAGAUCGGCAAAAACAUUUUUUCCCGUGUACAUUUCAAGUUAUAAACAGCUCUGGAAAAUAAAAGAUCAGGAAAGAUUACAAUUCCAGAGCAGUUUCUUCCUUUGUUUUUCAGUGGCUGUCUCCAAGGCUACCUUUAUAAAACUGCCUUAUACCAAUUCCAAUGGUUUAUCUGUCAUAGUCAGUUCUGACUGCCACUGGCUCUAGGGCUGGGGAACAUGUGGGCUCUCUGGAUAUUGCUGGACUGCAAGUCCCAUCAUCCCUGCCCAUUGACCAUGCUACCUGGGGUUGCUGGGAGCUGGAGUCCUGCUACCAUGCUACCUGGGGUUGCUGGGAGCUGGAGGGCCAUAGAUUCCCCAUCCCUGCCCUAGUGUCUCAAGGAGAGGCCUUUUCCUGCCUGAAGUUCUUUUUAAGCAGAGAUGCCACAGAUUGAAGCUAGGAUCUCCUGCGUGCAAAGCAUGUAAUUUGCUGCUGAGCAAUAGAUGUCCCCACACAUGCAUGUAUGUUACAUGCCGCAUUCUGAGCUCUCUUCCCUUUCAACGAACUGCAGAAGAAGAUAAAUCCAAGCCACGUUAGCUCAUUUGCUUCUCCCAUUUUCUUCCUUCUGCAGAAUUAACAACCAGGAUGGCACUUCUGAGAUGCUUGUGGAAGCAUUGGGUGCCAAGAUUGUUAAUAGCAGAGAUGCCAAAGGAAGGUGAGUGAGUGUGCAGCCUUGUUGAUUGUCGUUGGUGGGCAUUCUAGGUAUACCGUCCCCUCCGAAACUCAUCAGUCAUCAGUGCCUAGGCCAUUGUUAGGAUAGGAAACUUUUCUUCAAGAAUUGACAAAGAUGCUGGAGGAGUUGUUAACAGGGUGCAGACGAGGAGUCCCUCACAUUAGCAAUGUCAGGUGAUGCUAAACUGACAAUUAGGUCCAGUUGUGGCCAACUCUGGGGUUGCAGCGCUCAUCUCGCUUAACUGGCCGAGGGAGCUGGCGUACAGCUUCCGGGUCAUGUGGCCAGCAUGACUAAGCCGCUUCUGGCGAACCAGAGCAGCGCACGGAAACGCCAUUUACCUUCCCGCCGGAGCAGUACCUAUUUAUCUACUUGCACUUCGAGGUGCUUUCGAACUGCUAGGUUGGCAGGAGCAGGGACUGAGCAACGGGAGCUCACCCCGUCACGGGGAUUCGAACCGCCGACCUUAUAUUUGGCAAGUCCUAGGCUCUGUGGUUUAACCCACAGCGCCACCCGCGUCCCACAAUAAUGCUGAUAGCAGGGUCUUUAAAAGGAGUUUUAGCUGCGCUCUUGAUUGAGUGAAGAAACAAUAUUCUGAAGAGGUGUUAAUUCAGCAGGAAUAAAGGUGGAAUUUGGAAGAAUGCCAGGGUCUAUGCUUGUUAAAGACAUUUGGGUUUUUCCCCUCCAUUCCAGGACCCCCCUUCACGCUGCUGCCUUUGCAGACAACAUCCAUGGUUUACAACUGCUUUUGCGCCACCAGGCUGAGGUAGACGUGACUGACCAACUGGGAAGGACCGCUCUUAUGAUGGCUGCUGAGAAUGGCCAGACCGCAGCAGUUGGUGAGUAGAGAAUCCAUUACAUUUAUGCCUCCCUCCCCCUUUUUUCUUUUUACUGAAGUAUGUCACGGUUUGCACCAACUCUCACUUGGCAUCUUCACCUAUUUUCAGAGUUUCUGCUGUACAGAGCAAAAGCGGAUCUAACUGUGCUGGAUGUCAACAAGAACACAGCUCUUCACCUGGCCUGCAGUAAGGUAAAUAUCCAGGGAGGACCUGCAAGCAGUAUUCCCCCACUCCUUGCACCACCCACCUGUCAAUCACUUGAUUUCAGGUGAUUCAACUUCAAUGGAAUAAUGAGUGCAUUCAUACUUGAAAGGAAAACCGGGAGCAUGUCCUGAGGGCAUUCCAGAUUCUUCCUUAAUUAAGCAAUUUUGGAAUUUAUUGCCUUUCUCUGUUGCUACAGGGCAAUUAAAAAAGAAAGAAAGACAUUUAACUGUACAGUGGCUGGAAAGGAAGAGCCAGAAGCACUUGCUGUGUGCUCAGAAUUCUUCCUUUCUGGUUUGCCCUCAUGGGUUUAUGUGUCCUGCACUUUUUUAUUUGUUAUAUUUCUAUGCUUCUUUCAUUCAAAUGACAUAAUGGAGCAUAACAGAACAUUGCAAUGGCAGCAUAAAUCAUAUAGAAUAAUUAACAAAUCAUCAGUAAAACAAUUACAAUCUAUAAAGCACUAUUUAAAAAAAGCAACUAAAAUAAAAAGCUGAACAGCACAGUUACAACAAAGGUUUGUCGUUGUUGUUGUUUAGUUGUUUAGUCGUGUCCGACUCUUCGUGACCCCAUGGGUCAGAGCACGCCAGGCUCUUCUGUCUUCCACUGCCUCCCGCAGUUUGGUCAAACUCAUGCUGGUAGAUUUGAGAACACUGUCGAACCAUCUCAUCCUCUGUCGUCCCCUUCUCCUUGUGCCCUCCAUCUUUCCCAACAUCAGGGUCUUUUACAGGGAGUCUUCUCUUCUCCUGAGGUGGCCAAAGUAUUGGAGCCUCAGCUUCACAAUCUGUCCUUCCAGUGAGCACUCAGGGCUGAUUUUCUUCAGAAUGGAGAGGUUUGAUCUUCUUGCAGUCCAUGGGACUCUCAAGAGUCUCCUCCAGCACCAGAAUUCAAAAGCAUCAAUUCUUCAGCGAUCAGCCUUCUUUAUGGUCCAGCUUUCACUUCACUCCUUCCCAUUUACAAGCUUCCUCUAAUUAUAAUGACCAUAAUUUUGUCGAUUUGCACAACAUAGCAAGCCGUACUUAGAUGGAAAUCGUGCGUGGAGAUUGGGGAGGGGGUGUAGCUUAAGAAAGGCACCUGCCUUCCAAACGAAUCAUUCCUUUAAAUAAAUUAUCUUUUCUCUCCAGGGUCAUGAAAAGUGUGCCUUGUUGAUUCUGGGGGAAACCCAAGACCUUGGCCUUAUCAAUGCAACUAACAGUGCUCUGCAGAUGUGAGUAUUUGUGCAGCUGGUGGAAACGAGAGACUGUUUGGUUCCCCCUGCCUUUCCUUGUUUUCCUUCUUGCCAAGUACAUUCCUAGCAAUGAGACAAGGGUAGGCAUCUUGUUAGUCGGCCCUAAAAAAAAGAAAAAGUCUUCUGCAUUUGGACAGGCACUCUACAUCUGUGAGUAGACCUGGAAAAAGAAAAGCAUUUAUUUUGAUGCUCCUGGUCUUAAAGAUUUUCACAGCCAGGAAUGUGGGCGGUGUGAUCUCACGCCUCACCCAUCUUCUUUGGAGAUACUCCGUUUACGAGCUUUCUUGUAUGAAAAGGGGAAGCUAGGCUAGCUGACAAAUCAGAACUCUUGUUACGUAACUCCUCAGUGUUGAGGAACUAAGAGAUCUUCUGAUGGAAGUUUGUCACGGAGCCAUAUUCCCAGGUCUGAAUAACCUCAGCGCACUAAACCUGAGAAGUCUUGUGCUUGGUUGUAUUUAUUUCUUUAAAAAAUUCUUUACUACCUUUGCAAUCGUUAGGAGCUCAAGCCAAUUAAUAGUAAUAUAAAAAUCAGGUGGGUGUGCUUGUUGCUUAAGAUAACAAAGAUAACUAUACAGAUAGAAAGUUACAUAUACAAAAGUAAUACUAAUAUACUGCGUCAUGGUGUCUAGUAUCCAAAAUCUGAAAGGCUUGAUGAGAAAUUUUUAAACUUUGAGUCUAAAACAGUGAUGGGUUGCAGCCUGGUAUACCUCACUUGGAGAGUAGGUCCCUCUGCUGCUGCAUCACCACCAAUACUGUGAAAAAGAUUCUGUUUACAAAUUCCCAGAGCAAAAUUUCCCACAGAAGUGUAAUCCAGAAUCGUAUUUUCCCUAAAGAACUGAAAAGUGGGUAAAAAGGUAAAGGUAAAGGGACCCCUGACCAUUAGGUCCAGUCGUGGCCGACUCUGGGGUUGCGGCGCUCAUGUCGCUUUAUUGGCCGAGGGAGCCGGCGUACAGCUUCCGGGUCAUGUGGCCAGCAUGACUAAGCCACUUCUGGCGAGCCAGAGCAGCACACGGAAACGCGUUUACCUUCCCGCCGGAGCGGUACCUAUUUAUCUACUUGCACUUUGACAUGCUUUCGAACUGCUAGGUUGGCAGAAGCAGGGACUCAGCAACGGGAGUUCACCCCGUCGCGGGGAUUCGAACCGCCGACCUUCUGAUCGGCAAGUCUUAGGCUCUGUGGUUUAACCCACAGCGCCACCCUCAUCCCUAAAAGAAAAAAGAAAAGAAAAGUGGGUAGGGGGCUCUUAAUGCCUUAUGCUUUUGAAAACUAUUGGAACGAACACAUUGCUAAAAGCAAUUUGAAAAGCCACAGAAUUAAAUGUUUACAUCAGGCAUAGGCAAACUCCAGCCCUCCAGAUGUUUGGGACUACAAUUCCCAUCAUCCCUGACCACUGGUCCUGUUAGGUAGGGAUGAUGGGAAUUGUAGUCCCAAACAACUGGAGGGCCGGAGUUUGCCUAUGCCUGGUUUACAUGAAAAUCCUCUGGUACAUUCCUCUCUUGGAACACGAGUCAGAUAAACUUUGUGUAUGCCCUCAUUUCCAAGAGUCGCAUUUCUCACUUCCUCUCCCAAGGUUCAACCAGUAAUGCCUUUCCUUUUCUCUUCCUGCCAUUCGCAGGCCGCUCCACAUUGCAGCCCGGAAUGGACUGGCCUCUGUUGUUCAGGCUCUGCUAAGCAGAGGUGCCACUGUGCUUGCUGUGGAUGAAGAAGGUGCGUAUUUUCACACCUGGAAGCCCUUCCGGAUGAGCGGGGUCAGAUGCUCAUGUAUAUAUGUUGGCAAAAUCUGUUGAGUUUACAUGGGCAGGCUGGUUGCGGGGGGUGUUCAUGUUUACACACGUUCUGUAUUUUUAUUUGAAAUGGUGUGAGACCAUCUCCUUCCUGUUCCCUUUCCAUUCACUCCAGAUGUCAUGCUCUUAAUCUGUUGGCUGGUGGGUUGGUGGUGUUUGUGUGACACAACACAGUGCAGCUGAACCAGGAAUGUAUGGCUUUUCAAUUAUUUUUUUAACACUUUCAUUGCUGGAGGAAGGCAGCCCUUUAUAGAAUUUGAGCAAUCACCGAGUUCCAUAGGAUUACGCUGAUGGCGCUCUAAAAAUGGUUAUCAAAGCAGGAUGAUGAAAUUUCAGAAGUUUGCUGUACAGUGGUACCUUGGUUCCCAAACUUAAUCCGUUCCGGAAGUCCGUUCCAAAACCAAAGCGUUCCAAAACCAAGGUACGUUUUCCCUUAGAAAGUAAUGCAAAACGGAUUAAUCCGUUCCAGACUUUUAAACACAACCCCUUUAACAUGAAUUUUGCUAUCUAAGGAGACCAUUGAGCCAUAAAAUUAAAGCAAUAAUCAAUGUACUGUACUACAAAACAAAUAAGACAGUAUUGUAGAUGAUUAAAAAAUUAAAUUAUUUUUUUUUCUUACCUGCACUGAUGAUAUAGUCAUUGUUUGGAUCAAUCAAUCAGUAGCUUAACUGAGUUCCACACAGUCACAAAAACAAAUUAAGCGAAAAUGCCUCAAAAACAAAAACGCAAAAUAAAUAGCAAAAACAAAAGCACCAAACUUAAUUUAUUCCGGAAGUCUGUUUGACUUCUGAAAUGUUUGAAAACCAAGGGGCAGCUUCUUAUUGGUCCUGGUGCCCAAGAAACAAUAGCCGACAUCCGUAUCGGACAUUUGGCUUCUGAAAAACGUUCAAAAACCAGAACACUCACUUCUGGGUUUUCAGCGUUUGGGAACCAAGGCGUUUGAGAACCAAGGUACCACUGUAUUCCAUUGGUCCAAAGAAUCCCUUGACACUUGUGCUCUAUUGCAGGUGGUUGGUGGGGUAGGAAAAGUGAGCUUCAACCACUGAGGAUGCGCAACAACCAGAACGUAACAUUUCCUCCCAGAAUCUUAGAGAAAUGUUGCCCAUCUGUAGGGAGUUCCUGUGCUCUGUCUGAAUGUAUCUCUUAAGCAGGAGUUGUGUUUACAGAGGGGGCAUGGAAAUGUAUCCACGGAGUAUGAUCUCUGAGUGGGUCAGGUCACGGACUGAGUUUUACCACUCCUAUUUACAUACAUACAUGCAGAGAGAGAGAGAGAGGACUACAGAGAGUUCCUGUGCAGGUGGUGUUUGGAUAGCACAAAGAGUAGUUUGCAAGGAGCUUUCACAUAGUCUGUGUUCAGAGUGGCGAUAACACGGCUUACCUGUAGCACUAGUGCAAUUACGCCACUUACCGUAUUUUUUGCUCUAUAAGACUCACUUUUUCCCUCCUAAAAAGUAAGGGGAAAUGUGUGUGCGUCUUACGGAGCAAAUGCAGGCUGCGCAGCUAUCACAGAAGCCAGAACAGCAAGAGGGAUUUCUGCUUUCACUGCGCAGCGAUCCCUCUUGCUGUUCUGGCUUCUGAGAUUCAGAAUAUUUUUUUUUCUUGUUUUCCUCCUCCAAAAACUAGGUGCGUCUUGUGGUCUGGUGUGUCUUAUAGAGCGAAAAAUACGGUAUUUUAUGCUGAGGGCCGGGGAGGGGAAGAGCCAGUUAUUAUAAAAGGAAACAGCAGCCAGUUCAUGAUAAAACAACUGAUGUUGUGUGCUGAACAAGUUGUCCAACCCUUCUUGGAAAAGAUGUUUUUUGGGGGGGGUGCCCAAGAAUGGGGGAUUAUUAUUUUUUAGGGGACUGAGUUUGUGUUUCUGUUUUUCAGGCCAUACCCCAGCCUUGGCUUGCGCCCCCAACAAGGACGUGGCCGACUGCCUGGCACUUAUCCUUUCCACCAUGAAGCCUUUUCCACCAAAAGACGCCAUCAGCCCUUUCAGCUUCAACCUCCUCAAGAACUGCAGUAUUGCUGCCAAGACAGCAGUCUGUAGUGCCCUGCCCAACGGCAACAGCUGCCCCUACACCAAGGAUAGGCACAAUGCCAUCGGCUUAGAUGGCUGUUACUCGGAGUAGCUUAAAAACAAACAAACCACGAUGGGUGAUCUAAUAUCUUCUAUUUAUUUAGGAAUUCUAUAAAUAUAGGACACUUUAAAGGAGAACAAGACUGGGAUGGGCCUUCCGAAAUGGCCUAGGUACCAAAAAAGAAAGAGAGAGAGGGAGGAUCUUGGCUUCUGCUUACUAUUUAGACCUUUGCUUUCACCACUAGCAUCUCUUGCCAUCAAAGUUAACAAAAAGCAAUGUGGCUCUCAAAACAAAUCCACAGCGGUCCAUUUGCAAUACCUUAAACAGUUCUGUUUGAGUCUAAAUUAGCACAGAAACCUGCCCAAAUGCUGCCGCCCUUCGCUUCUGAGGCCACGGCCUUGGUACGAUUUAGGGAACGGCCAGCUGUUUAAAUUCCAGUUCCUCUGGCUUGAUGCUUCUGGGAACUGAAGGAAGGGCCAAGCCAAAUUAAUUUCCUGCAGGGACGCUUGCUGAUUAAUGAGCACAUCACACGACUGGAGGGGCCUGAAUUUGGAAAAAUUAAAAAUCAGGCUCUUAAAACAGGGUGUCCUAGCCUUCCCGGCUCCCUCCCGCUUUGUGGUAACUUUCUGCGUGCUGCCUGACUUGAUAACGUUAAAUUUUGUGGGUCGUGCCGUUCUAGGCAGGGAGCAGAAGCCCUGAACCUCUUGGUUUUAUUUGGCAUUAGGCGUUUGACAAACGAGGGACCGCCAAGAAGGGCAGCAGCUCCUGGCAAAGUGCCACUAUAACUGCUCCUUUCUCUUUUUGUUCGUUUGGUUAUUUUUGUUGGUUUGUUGUGCUUGCCCCCCCCCCUUUUUUUUUAUUCCAGUGAAAACACUUGAAUUGAGAACUACUGUACCUGGGACACUAUGAUACCUUAGGCAGCUCGUACUCCCUCGUAUGCAAAAUGGGUGCUGUUGCCCAGCUGACGCGGUCCUCUCUGACGAAACUUGCGUAUGCGCUGCCAGAAUUAAUCCCUACCAUAUCAGGCACUUUAGGGAUUUUUCUCUUUUUUGGAGACUGGUUUCUGCUUGAGGCAGGCAGGCAGGGGGUGGGAAGGGUUACGAAACGUUGGAUCCCCAAAGAGAAUUUCCUUCACGGUUCUCUUCCCCGCAAACCCCGCCCUCUGUGUGUUGCGCAGUGUUUUCCCCGUUUAGACAAGUCAGUGUUGCUUUAAAGAAAAGAGAUUAUUUAUAAAGAAACAAGCAUUUAUCUUCUUAAAAAAUAGCAAAAAAAAGAGAGAGCUUUCUGCAAGUUUCACCUUUUUUUAAGGAAAACAAUGCACUUCAGAACCGUACAAUCCUGCAGUUGUAUUUAUACCCCUGAAUGCCAUCCAGAAGGCUUCAUUAGGACAAUGUGCACAUGGGUGUUUGUAGGGAUGCCUGUGGGGUUGGUGUAUGUGUGCGUAAGCGUGUGUGUUUUUUAUUUUAAAAAAUAUAUUUAUAAAAAUGCAGGUUUUACGCAUUUUGAGUGUAUGCACUGUUUGGUUUUUUCCCCAUUUUUUUUUGUACUGUAAAUUGUAUCAUGUGUAGAAACUAACAACAAAAAAUAUAUAUACCAUAUCACAAGUAUGUUCAAAGCCAAAGAUUGGGAUGUAGCAAUCGGCUGCGGGCUGCCAGGGCACACUUUUAUUUUUUAAACCAACAAUCUUCUUUCCACCUCCUUCCCAGUCCUGCAGUGCUAUGCUGGUGCCUAUAGAAUUACUCUCAAAACAUUGCAUGUUUGGACCAGUGAGCUUGUUAGGGCUAGUAAUUCCCCAACCAGCUUCUCCUUAGGGAAUCAGCUAGACUGUUAAGGAGAAAAUAUGAGCCAGGUAUGUGCUUGAACCAUCCUGCUUCAUGGUUUAAAACGAAUUACUGUUUCUUUAACCAAAAACUUAAAACUGAAAGCAGUCUCUUUGUUUCUUUUUUUCUUCUUCUUUUUCAUUUGAUGCUGAUGUUAGACUAGGCACCAGUGCCAUUUCCAUGGCCUCACUUACUUAAUUACUUUUAUUUUUUUUAAAAAAUAUUUAAUCCUGAUGCAAGAAAGGCAAAAACUGAAAUCUAAAGUGAGAAAACCUACCCCCUUUCCCUUUUGGCACUGUUUUUAAUAUACCAAAGCCAAACUCCUAGAGCCAAAUAUUGAAGCUGCAACGUUGUCCUUUGGUGAACAGUGCAUUUUUAAAAGAGAGGUUCUCCAUUUUCUUUUUUUGUUUAAUCCCCACCAAACGGACUUUUGUUUUCCUCACAGACCACUGCAUAUCAUCUUGAGUCAGCUCUUCAAGCACCAGCUAGCUGCAUGUCUCGUUGGUUUGCUGCAUACGGAUAGGUUGCAAAAAUUGGGGGCCUUAAGGUAGCGAGUUCUAGUCUUCUAACGAACCCAGCCAUUUCCUUCAACAAAGCCUUCCACAAAGACUAGGGCGCUACUAGCUUAGCUUUUUUCUUUCUUUGAUGCCCAAGGAAUCGUGAGAGAUCUUUUCACCGCAGCUGCUAGAUAUGAGCGUAUUAAGGUUUUAAUGCACUUGCCAAAAAGCACAGCAACCGCCUGUUGCAGAUUGGCCAUUAAUUAUUAUUAUUAUUAUUAUUUUAGCUGCACUACGGUCGGGUUAGUUUUCUCUGCCCUCAGUUGCUCCAAGUUCUCUACCUUGAAAGAAAGUGUUAACCUUUCUACACCAAAAUACCUCACGUUGGAAUAGAAGUGAACAAAACUUGAAUGAAAGUUUCCCCCCUUUCCUCCCCGUCCCCUACUUCUUCAAUACAGGAAGGUCCUUUUCACUACUUUUGUAGAGAGGGAGAGCUGAAAAUAACUUUAAACACCUUGUUUACAUUGUGUUUUUUUUUUUUUUAGGUACUAGCAACUUGUAACUUCUUCUAAAGGCCUAAUUUUGAACUGCCAGGGGUAGGGGAGGGAGGAAGGGAGGGAAGUUGUAGGGAAUUAAGUCUGAAGCCACACUUUCUUUUUUUUUUAAAAAAAGGGCUAAAUUUAAUCCUCCUUUAUGGACCAGAAACAUUUCUGGAGGGCCUUGAGGUAUUUUCAAGAAACUGGGGCAGUAGGGAGGAAACCUAAUGGUGGUGCUGCAAUUUGGAAAGACCUAAACCCUCUCCCUCAUCCCUUGGAUGUGACAGACUCUACGCUCACAGGUUUGUACCAGGCAACAGAUACCAUUUUCCUGUUAACCCAGGGGAAUGCGGAUUCCUAUUGAGAAAGCACAGCCUGUUAAAUUGGGGUUGUUGCUGUGCCUGUUUCCACAGAAAACUCUGGUGGAAUUGGUUGUGGGGUGUUACAGAAGUAUAGGGCCCAGGAAAUCGGGCUCCUUAGGCAGUAGCAUAGUUGCUUGAAUAUCAGAUGUGCCCAUCUCAAAUUUUAACUGUGUUUUGAAAUGGCAGUGUGGGAUGUGGAGAGACAGAGGAGCAGAAAUGAGCAUAGGUUUUCAAGGAGCCUUUCAAAAUGAGGGAAACUUCUAGCCCUAGUAAUACAUGGAUUGUGCUUGCAUUUUAUUUUAUUUUAUUUUAUUAGGAUUGUAGAGGGUUGUUAGGCACGUUUUCGUUUAUUAACUGAGGAAAAAUGAUGAACUGACACUUGAUCUUUUUUUUUAUUAAAAAAAAUUAAUAAUAAUAAUAGUACCUAACAUGCUGAUAAUGUGUUCUUUUCCUCACAUGUCAACAUAAAAAUUCAAUAUAUGACAAUCAAUGUGAUCUCUUUAAGGGCUUCAGUGUUCUUAGUUCUGUAGCAUCAUGCAUUAAUAAUUUUUUUUUUACGUUCAAUUUUGCCCCUGUUCUUUUUUCCUUUUCCUUUAAAAAAAAAAAAAAGAUGAAGAAAAUGGAGUGGAGAAAUUCCAGCAGCGCAUACGUGAAUUAAGAAUAAAUUUUGCGGGGUUUUAAUUUUGUUUUUGUAAGAAAGGGAAGGUAGGCAUCGGGUGGGUGUCAGCGAAACGUGGCCAGUUCUGUUGCAGAGUUGCCAGUCUUGUUCUCCUUUAAUACUGUAACGUGUACAUUUUGACAGCACAGCUUGACAAUUUUAAGUAAUAAUCGAAGUGGCCGGUGGUAAUAACUUGCAUUAUUGUGCUAAGAUGAGAGUCGGUUUCCCUAGUGCAUUGUAAAAGAGGGCUGGAGGCAAACUUCCUUUCCCCUCCCCCCCUUGCUGUCUCUCUCCCCUUCUCUCCCCCUGCUCUCCUGCCCAGUAUUUUGCAAACACAUUUGGCUUAAAAGAUGUGCAGUAUUUUACACGGGGUUGGGGGAGAGGGGAAGGCGGAAUGUUGUUUUCCUGUGCAGAAGGUUCUUGCUGGCUGUUGAUUCCCGGUUGCCUCCCUCCUUAGGAAUGGCCUCGGUCUUGACCAUGCAUCUUUCUCUGAACCUCAAAAGGCACCACCUUUCCAUUUCCCUUCAUUUGUCUCAAAAGCAAUCAUUGGGCUUCCCUCCUUAAACCCCGCCAAACAAGGAAGUUUCUCUCCAACCACCUUUCUCCAAAGCACUUGCUUUACAAGUAAAAUAAGCACUUUUGUUUUAAAAAAAAAACAACCACGAGGGUCUCGUUCCCCCUCUUUAUAGCAACCCAUAGGAGAAAGGCCAGCAAACAAGGAAGGGGGACCAGGAGGAGUCUGGUUUCUGUUUUGUUUUGCAUGGGGUGGGAGGGAAGUAUUUUUUUUGUUUUAAUUAACUUCAUGUCUCUGGAAAAUUAAUGAACAAAGGGAAGUUGUGUUUAAAAAAAAAAACAGCACAAAUACAUUUCAGUUUGACAAGUGUAUUUGCACUGCCAUUGUUAGAUAAAAGGGCCACCCGCAGGGAGCCCAGCUGAGCCAUAUAACUAUUGACAAACACUGAAUGUAAAUGUCCUUGUAGAGGGCAAGUACUGGGAAACGAUAAAUUGAUCUUCUAUUCCUAAACGGGCACUUGGUUGAAUUUGAAAUAACUAAUCCUGAUG